AUGUCCAGAUCUAACAGUGUGAGCCCGCCCGGAGUCGGUGCGCCUGGGCUGAGGGGAGGGACUGAGCUCAGAUCUGCUUGGGGCGAGUCUGAGUCUAUUGCAAACGGAUGCCCAUACUCGGCUAGAUUUCCGAGCAAAAAGCUCGCCCGGUCGAACAGCAGAUGGAGGGAAGGAGAUGAUGAUCCCGACCAGCAGCCCGGACCUGGACGAGCCACGACAACGGUUAGCAGGGUCAGUUUUAGGUCUAGAUCUGCGUGGCAAGAGCAUGGGACUGGGGAGGAGAGCCGAAACAACAACCGAUCGUCCCCAAAGCACGCAGAUGGAGCCGGGGAAGUGAGACCCAAAUCGGUGGAGUUGGGCUUGGAGGACCGGAGAGUGAAGGGCUCCAAACCCGAGGAGGAACUCAUGCCUGAAGUUCACCUUUCAAUGGUCGCGUGCUGCAGCAGCGCGAUGCAGAUUUUCAGAUCCAAGAAAUUCCAAUCGGAGAAGUUGGAGAGGCUGUACCAGCGUUACUUUUUCCGGCUCAACCAGAGCAGUUUGACCAUGCUCAUGGCCGUUUUGGUGCUCGUGUGCGCGGUCAUGCUGACAUUCCAUUGCGCGGGGGGAGUAUGCAGGAUCACUUACGUGGUGGUCUUUUCCUUGGCCAUCUUACUUAUCCUCAUAUUGAUGGUGGUGUGCAAUCGGAACGGGUUUCAUCAGGACCACAUGUGGAUAGUCUGCUAUGUGGUCAUUCUAGUCGUGCUGGUGGUACAAGUGAUCGGGGUGCUGCUUGUGCAGCCGCAAAGUGCCUCUGAGGGAAUUUGGUGGACCGUGUUCUUUAUCCAUGUCAUCUACACGCUGCUCCCGGUUCGGAUGCGGGCUGCAGUUAUCACUGGAGUUAUACUGUCUACCAUCCAUGUGGCCGUGUCUUGGAAGUUAAACGAAAGGGAUGCCUUUAUAUGGAAGCAGGUAGGUCCUGUUUUAUCACGUUUUUAUCAUGUAUUAAGCAUGCAUAAAUCGAUCACUUUUACAGUAACUUCAAGCAUGGAUGAGUCUACCAAAUAAAGUAUAUUUGGGGGAAAUUCCAUCAAGUGACAAGUGGCCUGUUUGGAGAAAACUUGCUGAGUCAAAGGCCUAUUUUAUUGCAUAUAAUUCUAAUUCUCACAAUGUACCUAGCCUAGGCUACUCAUUAGGAAAUUAACACAGUAAUUUGUCUCUCAAUAUUGCAUUACUCAUUUUUACUGUGAUCGAUUGUACAUUUCACACAUCGAAUACCUUUUCACGGGACAGUGACUGACUGAUAAAGAUGCCGAGUUUGUCUUGAGAUGCUACUGAUGCUUGUUACUAUGGAAACGGUCUCGAUUGACCAUUGCUCAGUUCCCUUGUUGUUAUCAUGGAGAAGACCAUUAGUAAAAGCAUUAAUGUAAUAUAUUAGAGAGAGGAAAAACACUUCUAAGAAGGAAAACAGAGCUCACUGGGUAAAACGGAAGUUUUAAGAAUUUAGGUAAAAUAACUGUUCUAGAAGAAGUUCUAGAAUUAUGGGUCAGAAUGGAAGUGCCACAGAUGGACAUCCUCUUGAAGUGACAGUGUUGUUGACUGUUUAGGGUUUGUAGACUUGAGAAGAAUUGGGUUGGAAACAUGGGUUUAUUUUGUUAUAUAUAUUUUGUAAACAUUUCUAGGCUGUUUGGUUUUAUUGUGUUAUAUGUCAAUAACAUGUUGAGGCCCCUGGCUCUAUUUUAUUCAUUUUAAAAACUUUCACCACCAGAGCUGUGGUGACUGGGGCCAGCAAUCUCUUGUUGUCAAAUUGACAGGGGCUGAGCGAUUUGUAGAAAUUUGACGCUUGCCCUUUGCUGGCCCCAGUCAAUUUGACAACAAGAGAUUUGCUGGCCCCAGUCAAUUUGACAACAAGAGAUUUGCUGGCCCCAGUCAAUUUGACAACAAGAGAUGGUCAGAUUUGUGUUGACCAAUAAGAAGGCUACACCAUUAGAAUGCAAUUUUGUGUGGACACAAUACAAUUUUUUGGGAAAGAAUAUUGGGAAACACUAUCCACUAUUACUGUAGAUAUAUUAAGGACAUUUUCUGAAAUUACAAUGUACAUUUGUUACAUAUAGCUCCAUUAAAUAGUGAGGUCUGUUAUAAAGAAGGAGCCCAUCCCAAUGGGUCUACAUUUGUCAUUUUAUUCAAAGAGUAGAAUCAAACUCAAAAUGUCUAUUACAAUGCCAGAAGGAGCUUGUGUUUGAGAUCCCCUCUCUCCGAGGCAGAACAUGAAAUUGUGCUUUGUAUGUAGGAUCCCAAAAACUAUUCAGGGAGACUAGGGCUGCGUCCCAAAUGGCACUAUUCCCUAUAUAGUGCAAUACAUUUGAGCAGGGCCAUUUGGAAUGCACACUGGUAAAUGCCUUUGGACUGGCAGUUCUUAAUCUCAGUUUAUCUUAGUAAAAGGAAAAUAUUAAAGUAAAAGGAUACUAAACUAAAGCCUCUUCUGGUAUUUCUAUUCAGGACUGUAGCAUGGGAUUGAUUUGAAAAUACAAUAUUAUACACACAGUUACAGAAAAAAGAUAGAACAAGUAUUUCAAAAGAAAAAGGAUGACUUCACAGUGCCAAACCUCAAAUACAGUGGCCUGGUGACCCAUUGUGUGUGCCGCUGUGCCCUCUUUUGCUCGGCUCUGUUCUAUCUCUCUCUCUCUCUCUUUCUUACUUUGUCAUUUUCUGGCUUGUUCUCUCGCUCACUGUGUUUACCAGUCCCUGUACUACUUAUAAACAGCCCUAACAAUGGGCUCUUCCCAAUAACUUCUUCUUUACAAACAUGGGGAAUGGUAACUGUGCAUCAGUCCACCAUUGAAGUUUAAGGGCUUGUAAAUGAAUUAUUGAACCGUGGAAAAAAAGAAAAUAACUCAAAAGCAAAACUUCACACAAUACCGCCUCUUUCUUAUAGGCUAGAAUGGAUCAGUUGUGUGUUGUGUUCCUUCCAACACAGCAUUCUGGAAUAUUCUAAUCCCCUUUCUUUUUCUUUUUUUGAAACUUUGAUUAUAUUGGUCAGAGAGUGUUUGUGAUACAGACAUGUGACCCUAUAUCUAAUUGCAUUUUCUGUGAAAAUAUGCUAUUUUUGAGAUGAGUGUGUGGGAACAGGCUGUUGUAAUUGUUUCUCUUUCCUCACGAUCCUGUUGUUUUUAGCAUAUCAGACCUUUUUUUUUCACGUGAAAACAUUAUGAUAUGAAGGGGGAACAUAGAUACAUUCAUUAUAAUUCAUGAGUUCAAUCAAAUGUUUAAACCUUUUAUCAUGCUUGGAGUCUUCACCCAUUUGGCAAGAAUUGUGUGACAUAAAACAGUACCUUUCUUUCCUUACAUUUAUGAUACUGCUGUUUGUCUUUACAUCAAAUACUAAGAAUUUAACAAUUGAAUUACACAUUGAACUUGAUCCUGUAAAAUUCCUGGAUAUUGCUGUUGACUCUUUUUUUGUAUGGAUAUCUCGGAAGUGCACUCACUGUAACCUUGUAACAUUUCGUAUCUCCCUAUGUUACAGUGUGAAAACAGUUUUCAUUGGCACACAUAUCCAAAAUAAUGUAUGGAUUGCCAAAUCGAAUGCUUCUAACAGAUUGAGUAACUUUAACAAGAUGAAUCAAACAAAAAUCGAUACUGUCAUUAACAGGGUUCUUCAAUAAUUAUGCAUAAUAGUUGUUUGAUGCGCAUUUGAUGUCUAGCUGUUUAGUUAUAUGGGGAAAUUAUCACGCAACAUCAGCUGAUUCUGGAAAGGAUUUUCUGAAUGACAGUCAAGUGAUAAAGAGCUAAUGUGAUACUGCACGCAUUGAACAACAGCCAAAGUGCGGGAAUUAAUGUUGAUCUGGAGAAUUGACAGAACAUUUAGGUGUCUAUGUUGUAAUGGCGGUCAAGAUAACUAGCCUAUGUCAUGGACAACAUUAUGUCAAGAUCAUUGUAGUAAGAUUAUGGGCCGUGUACGUUUUGAUCACUUGUUUCCCGAGUUAAAAUGGAGCAAUGGGGAACGUGAAAACAGCUUGUUUAUUCCUUUUUUUAUAUAAUGAUUUAAAAAAGGCUUGUUUUUCGUUUUUACAUAUAUAUAAAAAUUAAACAAACUUGAUAUUUCGAUUUUCACAUGUGGGUGGGGUUAAAUGUUGUAUGCCUUUCUUUGGUUAAGUGCACAGCCAACACUUCCUGUCCUUUCAAAUUAGGAGUUCACCCUUCUAACUCCAUUCUACGAAUCUAUGAAUGUGUGAUCUAUUAAUUAAUCGAUUAAUAGCUGCCCAUACUGUGCCACAAUGCCAAGAUAAAGUACGAUUUCUCAAUUUCUGCAUAAGAUUUAGUGUGUAUUGACUUAUUAAUUAACUUAUGUUACUGUAAAUGGUUAGCUGACUGAUAUAUCCUAGCUACCUAACUAACCAUUGGUCAUCUUAUUCAAUGAUGCCAUACUGCCAAAGCAGAAGUAUCUAUUGCUAGACUAGAGAUAUGCCCCAAGCUAUAGUUAGUCAGUGGUUGCACAUCUAACUAGCUGGAAUGAAGCCAGGGUUUGAAUAGUAGACAUGUAAAUAUAUCAUUUCACUGUUUACAGCAGGUCUUCAGCUACCCAGAGCUGUCUGAUCAGCCUGAUAGGCUGUCGUGGGUGUGUCCAGCUUACACCUGUGCAAAUCCAUGUGUGUAUAGCAAUGGAAUGAAACAUCCAAUCAAUGCCUCGAGUUGUGCCGUAGGUCCACCACACACCCGGAGAGUUGUGGGGUCCUGUCCAGCAGCAACCCCUAGCCCCUACCCCUAGACACUUGUGGAGAUCUUAGAGGAUUGGACAGGUGUAAGCAAUACUGCCAAAAUUCCACCAAGUCUUUCAGAGGGUAAGGUGGAGCUCUCACCAUGUCACCACCCAUCAAUCACUCUCAGAUCUCCACAAGUGUCUAGACUCUGUGCAGUAAGGGCUAAGGGUUGUUUCUGGACAGGCCAUGGGUAUUAUGGUAGCACAGUUUAGUUAAACAUUUGAUUUACUUCUUAUUUUAUGAUAUUUCCACACACUAUGAGGUAGAGCCGGGAUGAUAACAGUAUCACAAUAUUUUUUCCAUGGCAAAAAUUAAAACAUGAAGCAGACCUACAGUUAGGGAAAAAAGUAUUUGAUCCCCUGCUGAUUUGAUAUGUUUGCCCACUGACAAAGACAUGAUCAGUCUAUAAUUUUAAUGGUAGGUUUAUUUGAACCGUGAGAGACAGAAUAACAACAACAAAAAAUCCAGAAAAACGCAUUUAAAAAAUGUUAUAAAUUGAUUUGCAUUUUAAUGAGGGAAAUAAGUAUCAGAAAGAUUUCUGGCUCCCAGCUGUCUUUUAUACAGGUAACGAGCUGAGAUUAGGAGCACACUCUUAAAGGGAGUGCUCCUAAUCUCAGCUUGUUACCUGUAUAAAAGACACCUGUACACAGAAGCAAUCAAUCAAUCAGAUUUCAAACUCUCCACCAUGGCCAAGACCAAAGAGCUCUCCAAGGAUGUCAGGGACAAGAUUGUAGACCUACACAAGGCUGGAAUGGGCUACAAGACCAUCGUCAAGCAGCUUGGUGAGAAGGUGACUACAGUUGGUGCGAUUAUUCGCAAAUGGAAGAAACACAAAAUAACUGUCAAUCUCCCUCAGCCUGGGGCUCCAUGCAAGAUCUCACCUCGUGGAGUUGCAAUGAUCAUGAGGACGGUGAGGAAUCAGCCCAGAACUACACGGGAGGAUCUUGUCAAUGAUCUCAAGGCAGCUGGGACCAUAGUCACCAAGAAAACAAUUGGUAACACACUACACCGUGAAGGACUUAAAUCCUGCAGCGCCUGCAAGGUCCCCCUGCUCAAGAAAGCAAAUAUACAUGCCCGUCUGAAGUUUGCCAAUGAACAUCUGAAUGAUUCAGAGGAGAACUGGAUGAAAGUGUUGUGGUCAGAUGAGACCAAAAUCGAUCUCUUUGGCAUCAACUCAACUCGCUGUGUUUGGAGGAGGAGGAAUGCUUCCGAGUGGCGCAGCGGUCUAAGGCACUGCAUCUCAGUGCUUGAGGCGUCACUACAGACCACCAGGUUCGAUUCCAGGCUGUAUCACAACCGACCGUGAUUGGGAGUCCCAUAGGGCGGCGCACAAUUGGCCCAGCGUCGUCCGGGUUUGGCCGGUGUAGGCCGUCAUUGUAAAUAAGAAUUUGUUCUUAACUGACUUGCCUAGUUAAAUAAAGGUAAAAUAAAAAUAAAUCAAUGCUUGAAGAGUUUACUGAUUAUAAUGAUUUAAUAAUUGUUUUUUAUUAUUGUCAAUGAUUUUGUUGUAUUAUAUUAUUGUAUUAUAUUAUUAUAUCAACUAUUAAAACAUAUAGAAAUGCUGUUGUUUAUCUUUUUCAUUCUUCAGGAAUGUUUAGCAUGGCUAUAAAUGAUAGAGAAGUUGACUAAAGUACAAAAAUACCUGGCAACUAGGCAUGACAAAGAAACAUGCGGUGUCCAUGUUUCUUGUGACAUUUGUAAUGACAUGUAGAUGUUUUGUUUUUGCUAGGUGGAGUUAUUGUCUCAUUGUGCCUACCUAUACUUUUAUUCCUGUAACUACACAUGUGAAGCUGCAAGAAAAUCAUAUUUAAAUGUAUAUCAAACCAUUCUGACUCUGAUGUCACACAUUGGCCCCCUUAUUUAUAGAUAGAUCCAUGUGUACUGCAAUCAGGAAGUAAUGUGCGUGGGAGUCUGGGAGAGAUGGGCUUUGUAGUAUUUUAAAUGAAUGCUGAUGCUGUUCAGGUCCCCAUUACAGAUGUUUCAUUAACCCUUUACACUCAUACCCGUAUAUUUUGGCACAAAAGAAAAGCCUAGAUUGGAACGCAGUGGCUGUACAGUAACAUGCUAUACAUUACCUCAGAGCUCUGGCUCUUCGCUUCACAGCGCUGUAUGGCUUUUGACUGACAGCCGUUCUGAACUUGAGCGCGACAAGUAGUUGCCCCCAUCCCUCCUGCUAAUUGGGCAACUUUAACAACAUUUUUGUUGGCUGAGUGAGGGAAAUGCUGUAAAUUAAGAGGACUCUAUGUAUUUAGAAAGAUGAGACGUUGAGGAUUAUAAUAAAUACCACUUAGAUGUCAUGCAAGCCAGCCAAACACCCAUGAGUUCAAAUGUGCACUUCAUUUCCAUAUCAUAAAACUCAUGUCAUAUACAGUGUCAACGUUUAUGAUCACUAUGUUUGAUAUACAGUUACAAGAUGAAAUGGCGUCAUACCCUGGGUUGUUCUGAACAGAAUGAGGCCAUGUUUGUCUAUUGUGAAAAAUAUUUUGCCGCAGCACACACACCUGAAUGCAUGCAUGACUCCUUUCUAUGCUCACCAAAAUUAUUACCAGUUUCUCUGAAUUGCCUUGUGAAAGCCUAGCACUGUAAUAUCGUAGUUUAUAACUUAGCUAGUCAUGUUGGCAGUAGAACAAACUUUCAAAUGAUGCCCACCUGACCCAGAUUGCGAAUUAUAAUGGACCUAUCACCUGCACAUUGAGUGGAAGCCUUUUCUGUUCACAUAGUUCAACUUGUUUUGGGAUGGUGCUUUUAAUGGCGAUGUGGGUGCCGUCUAUUGCGCCGUUCCUAUUUGGGAACGGAAUAGACAUUAUGCGAUGGUGUAUGUAAACAAAAGUAAACCUUGAAUUUUGAGGUUUAGAAUAUCUCUGGUGGCCAAGUUGCCCUAUUUUAAGAAAUGCCAUUGGUUGGUGGAUAUAAAAUCUAAGAUCUUUAAUAGGCUGGUGUAGAAUUUGUUACAGGAAAUAACCACUGCAAGCUAGGUUAGCAUAGGUCUAAAUGUACCAGGUCAUCUACUGGAAACAGCUAACGUGUAGUGUUUUAUCACGUCAGCGAUUUUAAUUGGCUGAUUAACAUUUUGAGAUGGAGAAAAGUCAAACUUAAACUUUUUCUAAUGUUCGCAAGUAUAGACCCACAAAGCACAGGUCAAAAGUUUAAGAUUAGAACUCAAAAGGUUGGUUUCCCGAACACAGAUUAGAUCACUUUUAUUUUUUACUUAAUCUGUGUCCGGGAAACCAGACUUUCUUCAUAUUUGUAAUUGGCUGUAAUUUAGAGCAGACAUUAUUGGCUGCUUUGCCAUUAAAUUCUGAAACUAACGGAACGUUUCCACUUUUAUAGCAGCUCUUAUGAGCCUUUUUUGUGGAUUUCUAGAUUACCUCUUGGGUGCACCACUCAAUUCAACUCUUCUGGCCAGUUGGCUGGUUUGACUAUUGUAGAUAAAGAGACACUGCUCACUUUACACAGUGCUCACUUACAAGCAAUCUGUAUUCAAAUGUUUUGAAAUGCUGCAAUAAGCUUUUAGGAUGCAAUACAAGUUAGGCAAUACAUGGAUGUGUGUGGCUACAAAUCAAUAGUAAUAGUUAUCAUAUUCAGACAGUUUGUGCAACAUCUUUUGCAAAGAAAAUAGAAAGAUAUUCAUUGUGGUUUUCGGGCGUGAAAUAACACAAGGCCUUUUCUGUCACUUUCUGUGAGCACUGUGUGCUAAACUGGGGUUAGCCUCUGAGCAACACAGACAGAUGAAGCCUGGGGCUGGAAACUGGCCAGAGCCACUCUCUUUGUCCCUGAUGAUCUGGCAGUUAGCAUGGAAGAUAACAAACAUCUAAUCAUCUUUCGGUUUCACUGUAGAUUUCAUUGUUCUCCAAUGGCUUUUUUUCUCCUGAAACUCUAAUUGAUUAGUCAAAAUGUCUGUUAGAAUGAGAUCUCUAUAUGAACCUCGUUUGUUCUCAUUUCUACCAGAGCUCUCAUCAAAUCAAAUAAAAGCUUAUUUGUCACAUGCUUCGUAAACAACAUGUGUAGACUAACAGUGAAAUGCUUACUUACGGGACCUUUAACAACAAUUCAGAGUUAAAGAUAAAACAAAACAAAAAAAUGAAAUAGUGACACGAGGAAUAAAUACACAGUGAAUAACGAAUAACAAUAAUGAGUAAAAAAUAACAUGGCUAUUUGUAGAGAGUACCAGUACCGAGUCAAUGUGCAGGGGUACGAGGUAAUUGAGAUAUCACAUGAUUUUGUGUCACCAUAGAGAAAAUGGCAGGAGGGAGAAGUGAGGUCAUACUUUGUCUAACAACUUAUGUAUUGUCAUGUAACCCAAACACCCUAGGCAUUGUUGGCUGGAAAAAAAACAGGAUUGCUCCAUGGCACCACACUGUAUUGUACCACAGAGUCAUCCACCAUAUAGAAAACACAUUUGUCCCGGCCCAGUCAUGACCUCUGUGUAACCCCUAGUGUGUGUCCCUGACAUGAUUGUCCAUCCACACUGUGUUGACAUUGAAGCUGCCUCAUGGUGUGAAAGUAACAAGUGUUAACUCCCCACCUAUCCUCUCUACUCUCCUCACCACUCUCCAGGAUGAACUUGUUAUCCCUUAUAUGGUGCCUGCCAGGCAAAUAAACCAUCCUCUUCCCUGUAUGAUAUUCAAAUUCAUUUUUUUGUCAUUUUGAGUACAGUCUUCUAACUAACUCUGUCUGAUUGCCUCUAUACAAAGCUUAAAUAGUAACUUUCAUGAUGUAUUUUUAUUUUUAUCGAAACCCAGAUGUUUUCGGCAAAAGUGAUAUAUUUUGGUAUUUUAGUAUUAAAUCUAGCAGAUUUUCCCACUAGCGAUUCAACUCUUACCAUUGAAAUCGUGAUGUAGAGGCACCUACACUAUAUAUAAAAAAGUAUGUGGACACCCCUUCAAAUUAGUGGAUUCAGCUAUUUCAGCCACACCCAUUGCUGACAGGUGUAUAAAAUCGAGCACACAGCCAUGCAAUCUCCAUACACAAACAUUGGCAGUAGAAUGGCCUUAAUGAAGAGCUCAGUGACUUUCAACGUGGCACCGUCAUAGGAUGCCACCUUUCCAAAAAGUCAGUUCGUCAAAUUUCUGCCCUGCUAGAGCUGCUCCGGUCAACUGUAAGUGCUGUUAUUGUGAAGUGGAAACGUCUAGGAGCAACAACGGCUCAGCCGCGAAGUGGUAGGUCACACAAGCUCACAGAACGGGACCACCGAGUGCAGAAGCGCGUAGCGUGUAAAAAUCGUCUGUCCUCGGUUGCAACACUCACUACUGAGUUCCAAACUGCCUCUGGAAGCAACAUCCACACAAUAACUGUUCGUCAGGAGCUUCAUGAAAUGGGUUUCCAUGGCCGAGCAGCUACACACAAGCCUAAGAUCACCAUGUGCAAUGCCAAGCGUCGGCUGGAGUGGUGUAAAGCUCGCUGCCAUUGUACUCUGGAGCAGUGGAAACGCGUUCUCUGUAGUGAUGAAUCACGCUUCACCAUCUGGCAGUCAGACGGACAAAUCUGGGUUUGGCGGAUGCCAGGAGAAUGCUACCUGCCCCAAUGCAUAGUUCCAACUGAAAUGCUUGGUGGAGGAGGAAUAAUGGUCUGGGGCUGUUUUUCAUGGUUCGGGCUAGGCCCCCCUCCUCCUUGCUCGGGCAGGUUUCGGCGUUCGUCGUCACCGGCUUACUAGCCACUACCGCUCCAUUUAUCAUCACCCCAUUUGUCUUGUCUUGUCUUGUCAAUCACACACACCUGGUACUUAUUCCCUCAUUAGUCUGUGUAUAAGUGUUCCCUCUGCCCCCUUGUCCUUUGUGAGUGAUUGUUCAUUGUGUGAGUGAGUAGCUCGGUUGAGCUACUCUUUCCUUGUAUGUAGCCAAGGUAGAUUUUUCCCUUGUGCUAGUUUCGUUUUGACGCUUGCUGCGCUUUAUUCAUGUACACUGAAUAAACUCUGGAUUUCGGUGUUUUACCUCCUGCGCCUGACUCCGUCAUUCACACCUCAUCAAAGAAUCACUCACCUCUAUGGAGUCAGCAGGAGAGGUGCGCAUGCCUGGAAUAGUGGCAAGGGUCCAGGAACAUUCCACUAUGCUGGCCAGCUUGGGGGAAGCGAUGGAUCGGGUUCUUCAGGUCGUCCAACGCCUGGAGAGAAGAGGAACCGAUCCUUCGAGACCAGCUGGCCAACCGGAUCCAGCCACCUACAUCACAGCACCCGAAGGGAGAUCCAGAUAUCUCGACCACGGGCAUUCGAUGGGACGCCGGCUCUAUGUCAGGGAUUCCUUCUCCAACUGGAGCUGUACUGCUCCAGUGUCAGGCCGGCGCCAUCAGAUCGAGAGCAGGUGUCCGUCCUCAUUUCCUGCCUCUCGGGGAAAGCCCUGGAGUGGGCCAACGCGGUUUGGAGAGAAGGAGGAGCCGCAUUGGAGGACUACAGGUAGUUUUCGAUCACCCGCCCGAGGAUCGAGAGGCGGGUGAGCAGCUGUUCCACUUGAGGCAGGGGACGAGGACAGUACAGGAGUUUGCGCUGGAGUUCCGGAUUCUGGCAGCAGGAUCCGGGUGGAACGAGCGGGCCCUGAUCAACCAGUUCCGGUGCCAUCUACGGGAGGACGUCCGACUGGUGGACAUGGCCAUUCGUCUGGAUAACCUGCUGGCAACCAGAGGACGUCCUGAUCAACCACACGUUGUCGUCAGCGCUCUUUUGGGUCAGGAGGCGGCUGGCAGGGCACUCUCGCAUCACCCCAGGUAUUGAGCACCCACACUUGUUCAGAGCCCUCUGCUGCGCACUGUACCAUACCCAUAUACUUCCCUGAUUACAUGAGAGUUCCCAAGUGAAAGGCGCUAGUAGAUUCAGGCGCAGCUGGGAACUUUAUGGUUAAACUUUCGCACGCCGCCAGGGCAUUUUAUUAGUUCCCCUAUCCAUUCCACGCCCCAUCAGAGCACUUGAUAGUCGACCAUUAAGGUCCGGGUUGAUAAAGGAAGUCACGGUACAAGUCACCAUGAUCACACAGGAGACGCAUUGUGAGCAGGUCACUUUUUCCAUCAUUGAGUCUCCUGCUUUCCUUGUGGUGUUAGGUAUUCCGUGGCUAGCACUCCACAACCCCACUUUCUCAUGGCCGCAGAGGGUUCUCACAGGGUGGUCGCGAGAGUGUCAGGGUAGGUGUCUGGGUGUUUCCGUUGGUGCAACCACCGUGGAAAGUCCAGACGGUGCCUCCACCGUGCGCAUUCCCCACGAAUACCAUGAUCUGGCACAAGUUUUCUCCAAGAAUAAAGCAACUAAAUUGCCACCUCAUCGGGCGGGGGAUUGCGCAAUAAACCUUUGGGUAGACGCUGUACCUCCCAGCAGUCAUGUAUAUCCCCUGUCGCAGGCAGAGACGGAGGCUAUGGAGACAUAUGUCACCGAGUCCCUGCGCCAGGGGUACAUACAUCCCUCCACUUCACCCGCCUCCUUAAGUUUCUUUUUUGUGAAGAAGAAAGACGGCGGUCUGCGCCCGUGCAUUGACUAUCGACCACUGAACAAGGAGACGAUUAGAUUGAGUUAUCCUCUCCCCCUCAUUCCAUCAGUGGUUGAGUCAUUGCAUGGAGCGCGCUUCUUCACUAAAUUAGAUCUCAGGAGUGCGUACAACCUGGUGCGUAUCAGAGCGGGAGAUGAGUGGCAUUCAGCACAAUGACGGGGCAUUAUGAACACCUGAUGCCCUAUGGUUUGAUGAAUGCUCCCUCAGUCUUCCAGUCCUUUGUGAACGAGGUGUUUCGGGACAUGCUUGGUCGCGGUGUAGUGGUCUACAUCGAUUACAUCUUGGUGUAUUCCGCUACGCGCGCCGAGCAUGUGUCUCUGGUUCGCAAAGUACUGGCCCGACUGUUGGAAAAUGACCUUUAUGCUAAGGCAGAAAAGUGUAUGUUUUUCCAGCAGUCCGUCUCCUUCCUCGGAUACCGCAUCUCUACCACAGGUGUGGAGAUGGAGGGCGACCGCAUUGCAGCCGUGCGUAAUUGGCCGACUCCAACUACGGUAAAGGAGGUGCUGCGCUUCCUUGGCUUCGCCAACUAUUAUCGGAGGUUUAUCCGGGGCUUUGGCAAGGUCACAGCUCCCAUUGAAGGAGCUGUUGAAGGGUGGGCUGUCCCGGCUCCGCUGGUCUGCUGAGGCUGACAGGGCCUUCAGUAACCUGAGGGAACUGUUCACCUCGGCCCCGGUACUGGCCCACCCCGAUCCAUCACUACCGUUCGUAGUGGAGGUGGAUGCGUCCGAGGUUGGGAUGGGAGCAGUCCUGUCUCAACGCUCGGGCACGCCACCCAAGCUCCGCCCCUGUGCGUUCUUCUCAAAGAAGCUCAGCCCGGCGGAGCAGAACUACGGCGUUGGUGAUCGGGAGCUGUUGGCUGUUGUCAGAGUGUGGAGACAUUGGCUCGAGGGGGCGAAACUCCCAUUCCUCGUCUGGACGGACCACCGUAACCUGGAGUACAUCCGGGCAACGAGGAGGCUGAACCCUCGCCAGGCCAGGUGGGCCCUAUUCUUCACCCGGUUUGAUUUCACACUGUCAUACAUUCCGGGUACAAAGAACGUGAAGGCAGACGCACUGUCCCGGCUGUAUGAUACAGAGGAGAGGCCCAGAGACAAUACCCCCAUACUGCCAGACUCAUGCAUUGUGGCGCCGGUAGUAUGGGCGAUGGAUGCGGAUAUAGUGCAGGCAUUACACGCCUGUGCUUAUCCGUGAUCGUCUGAUCUACUGGGCACACACGUCACCCUCCUCUGGUCACCCAGGUAUCGGUCGUAGAGUGCGCUGCCUGACCGAAAAGUACUGGUGGCCUACCUUGGCUAAGGACGUGAGGGUGUAUGUUUCCUCCUGCUCAGUGUGCGCCCAGAGUAAGGCACCUAGGCACCUCCCAGCAGGUAAGUUAAAACCUUUACCAGUUCCACAACGACCAUGGUCUCAUUUGAGUGUUGAUUUUUUAACUCAUCUACCUUUCUCUCAAGGGAACACCACCAUCCUGGUCGUUGUGGACCGCUUUUCGAAGGCCUGCCGCCUCCUUCCUCUGCCCGGUCUUCCCACGGCUCUGCAAACUGCGGAGGCCCUGUUUACACACAUCUUCCGGCACUACGGGGUUCCAGAGGAUAUAGUGUCCCCAGUUCACGUCAAAAGUCUGGAAGGCGUUCAUGGAACGUCUGGGAGUCUCGGUCAGCCUGACCUCUGGGUUCCACCCUGAGAGUAAUGGGCAGGUGGAACAGGUAAAUCAGGAUGUGGGUAGGUUCCUGAGGUCCUAUUGCCAGGACCGGCCGAGGGAGUGGUCGGUGUUCCUGCCAUGGGCAGAAUAUGCCCAGAACUCUCUCCGCCACUCCUCUACGAACCUAACGCCAUUUCAGUGUGUUUUAGGUUAUCAACCGGUUCUGGCACUGUGGCACCAGAGCCAGACCGAAGCUCCUGCGGUGGUCGACUGGUUUCGGCGCGCGGAGGAGACGUGGAACGCUGCCCAUGUUCACCUCCAACCUCCUGAGGAGAGUCAACGAGGUUAUUACUCCCCCCUGAUUACCGUAUAAACCCCUCGUUUCAUGUGUCUUUCUUCAGGCCGGUGGUAGCUGGUCCGCUCCAGGAGUCUGAGGUGCGGGAGGUCCCUCCACCUCCUUUGGACAUCGAGGGGGCGCCGGCGUACUCUGUCCGUUCCAUACUGGAUUCGAGGCGCCGGGUGGGGGGCCUUCAGUACCUCGUGGAGUGGGAAGGGUAUGGUCCGGAGGAACGGUGCUGGGUCCUGGUGAGGGAUAUCCUCGAUCCCUCUCUGCUGAGGGACUUCCAUCGUCGCCAUCCGACUCGCCCUGCUCCGCGUCCUCCUGGCCGUCCCCGAGGCCGGUGUUGGCGCGCUGCUGGAGCUGCGCGUCAAGGGGGGGGGGGGGUACUGUCACGAAUUCAGCCGAGGCUGCGCCUCCUCCUUGCUCGGGCAGGUUUCGGCGUUCGUCGUCUCCGGCUUACUAGCCACUACCGCUCCAUUUAUCAUCACUCCAUUUGUCUUGUCUUGUCUUGUCAAUCACACACACCUGGUACUCAUUCCCUCAUUAGUCUGUGUAUAAGUGUUCCCUCUGCCACCUUGUCCUUUGUGAGUGAUUGUUCAUUGUGAGAGUGAGUAGCUCAGUUGAGCUAGGCCUUUCCUGUUUCAGCAUGACAAUGCCCCCGUGCACAAAGCGAGGUCCAUACAGGAAUGGUUUGUCGAGAUCAGUGUGGAAGAACUUGACUGGCCUGCACAGAGCCCUGAUCUCAACCCCAUUGAACACCUUUGGGAUGAAUUGGAACGCCGACUGUGAGCCAGGCCUAAUCGCCCAAAAACUGGUUGAAUUAACGUUGUUUCCACAUCACUUCAACCCCCCAAAAAUCAAUGUGUUGAUGUUGAAUCAAUGUGGAAAACUGAUUGGAUUUUUAAAAAUCAUCAACCUAAGGGAAUUUAGCCUAAAUCCAAUGACAUCGUGAAUAAUGUUUUUGAUUUCACAUUAGUUGACAGCUCAACCAAAUGUAAAUCAAAACUAGACGUUGAACUGACGUCUGUGCCCAGUGGGUCAACCCUUCCUGUGCUUAUAAAGCAGGGUUCAAGCCAAGGGAAUGAGUUGUAUUAGAUGGGACAAUAUGUGUGACCUAGAAGUCAAAUCAUAUGAAGUCAAUGUGUGGAAGUAAAAUCAUUUUGUGGUUGUAGUGUAGGCUAGUGUCUGAUCAUGUCCUCUGUGGUAUUCAGGUGUUUGCACAAAGGUCCAUCUGCAGCAUAGGCUACCUAGCCUACUUAUUUGGUGAAUGUUGGUCUCCUAUUGUGUGAGUUGUAUUCAUCUAGACUUCUUUGGGAGAUUGCAGUAAAAGGUAAACCUGUGGUCAAACAAUGUUAUUUGUUCCCAUAGUGAUGAACACAAAUAUUACAAAUAUUUUGUACCAUGAGUAGAUAUGGAUCCCACCUGUCUGAUUGUGAGAUAUAUUUGCUAGUUGUCAAACAUGUUAACUGCUUGACAACAGGAGAAUUAGUCCAGAAUUCUUGAACCAACUGCCAUCUGAUUACAUAAACAAAAUGGUCAGUGAUGGCUAACAUUUACAUUCUUAUGUCCAUAGAGUGAAAUGUGUUGCCAUAUAGUCUUUAUCAUUUAGAGAACAUGCUAAUGUUGGCACAGUGUUGUGGGACUUUCUUCCUCUGUGUAUUGAUGCAUAUUUCCUUUCCUCAGUGUUUGUGCUGCUAAAUCAACAUCUCUUUAAACCAUUAUUCAUCAUAGCUGAUUGAUGCUGAGAGGGAGGGCUGAUUGAUGCUUAGAGGGAGGGCUGGAGCGUGGGGAAUUCAUAAAGCAAAAUAAUAAUAAUAUUAAUUAUAUCCAUCGGAAGAUUAGCUGGGGAGUACUUCUACCACCAAUAUAGUAUUCACAUGAGUGUCUCUGGGCUAGCCAAGCACAUGGCUGUCAAUUAUUUCUCAGUGGCGAGGAAUGACUCAACGACUGCUAGCUAAGCUGCUAAUUAUCCUCCAUAGUUAACCCUGUUCUGUUUUGCAAUGUUAUUGCUAGCUGUUGACAGCUCUGGUCCCUCAUAUUGGCUAUAGUGUGCCUCGCAAAUGGUACCCUAUUCCUUAUAUGUGCACUUACCAGGGCCCUGGUCAAAAGUAGUGCACUAUAUAGGGAAUAGGGUGGCAUUUGGGACACAGAGAAGCACAUAGAUUGUUCCAUAGGGUUUCUCUGGAGGCUUUCUUGUUAAUAAGCCUCCAUUAAUGAAUCAGUGGUUUAAAUGGGAGCUGUGUCCUCUGUCCUCCUAGCGUUGUCCUUUAUCUGAUUUGACUGUAAUUCACAGCCAGGCAGAGCAGAGAAGAUAUUUCCUCUUGAUGACAUGCUGUGGAGGUGACCUCUGGUUGGGGUAUUUGAGGCCAACAAGAGCCUGGAUGGCUUGCCUCAGUGAACUAACAGUCUUUGGGGCAAGAGGAGAGCAGAGAGAACAAUGUCCUUGCACCCACUGUAAAGUAUUUUUGUAACAAGGUGUGUUGUAACAAAGUUUGUGUGUGAUCAAGGUGGGUUACCAAAUCAGAUGCUGUUGAGUUAUUUUAUCUCAAGUUAAAAUCUCAGCCCUGAAUGCUUGAUUAUUCUUGAAGUGAUGUAAGCUAGACCUAUUAAGCUUGGAUGCUACUUGGUCUCACAUACUCCUAAUUCUCAAUCUCUCCAUUUUCUUCUCCUGGGAGGGACUGCAGCAGUUUUGACCAUUUUAUGAUCUGAGGGGUAGUAAAACAACGACUUGUCCCGUAUGUCCCAAAUGUCACCCUAUUCCCUACAUAUUGUACUACUUCUGACCAGAGCCAUAAGUUCCUAAACUUGCAGAAUGGCAGAGCUAUCCUUCAGCACCACAAGUUGGUUCAACUUCUUUAACAUCAUUGCAUGAUCCUGGCUCUGUCCGUUCAGCACCACGAAGGGCACUCCAAAACGACAUCUCAUCAAGAUCGGUUGUUUACACCUAAUAGUCAUACUCAUCACUUAUUAUUAUUACAAAUAGAAGAUUAUCACUUCUCACAAUGGUGCUUGUUUAGUAAAGUUAGAUCAAAGCUGAAUCAAUCGGAUAUAAUAGCAUAGCAUAGUAGGCCUAUAACUUUACUGUUACACCUAAAACACCUCCUCAUUUCUAAUGAGAUUUUAGGAUGGUUAGCUGAAGCUGAAUAGUCCCCCAAAAAUGAUCAUGCACCAAAACUCAACAGAGCGUGCCACUAGGCUGGAUAUACAGUAUGCCUUGAUUGAAACAAAAUACAAGAAAGGCUAAUAGUUUGUUAACACCAUCGGCUAUAAUUCACUCACGAAACAGUAAUUCAAGAAGAUCUAAAUACAUAUUCCCACGAAACUGAUUGAGAUCAAUCAAAUGAUAGGCAUGGAGAUGCAGUUUGGACGUUUCACCGGUAAAACGUGAAGAAUUAUCAUUCACGAUUGACAGUGAUGAUGGCCUAUUUUGAAGUUAGGUAGCCUAUGCCUAACUUGGUGUUUGAGGGUAUUGAAAAUUGAACAUUUCCUUGAGACAAUAUGUGUGGGCAUAGUCAGACAUUGCAAUUGGAGGAUGCAUUUUAUGCAUAUUCUAUAAUGAUAGGCUAUUCAAUUGGCUACAUCUGUCAGUACAAACAAUGAUUGAGGAAAUUAUGAUGUAAUAAAAAAAUUAUAAUGCGCUCCCUAUCCUAACAAAUAGCACUUCACCACUGAUGUUGACGCAAGCCGGUCUGGUUCCUCACUGACCAAGUUGGGUCUGGCUGGCUCUCUGGUUCUCUCGUCUUUGCCUGAUCUGAGUACCAAAAGUAACAAGUCCAUUACAGAAAGACGGGUAUGCCCUGGCCGCUCGUAAACACAUCUGUUCUGUUCUCUGGGGUCUGAGGUUUGGCUCGCUGUCCACUGCUCCAGUCCACACAAUACCAGACACAGAGUCUCUCAGCCAGCCAUGACUAGGAGAGGAGUACACUACAUGGCCUUGAUAUCAACUGUUCCCAUAGCCUGGUCCCAGAUCUGUUUGUGCUGUCUUGUUGUGUGGUGUUAAAAUGAGCAUAGGAUUUGGUAAGACAGCACAAACAGAUCUGGGACCAGGCUACUGUUCCAAACUUCCCACAGGGAACACACUACUAACCACAAUGGCUCUUGUGGCUCAACCUCAGUGUAGCCCCUUGCAUGGACAGAUCUCCUGGCAACAGUGUGGUUCCAGAUGUGUAUUUCUCUAACAUUUGGGGAAUAUGAGUGUCUCUAAAGAGGCAAAAUAAUGCAGUUGUGGUUUAAAAAUAUGUUUUGCAAUAAAAGUAACAUGACAGACGCUGAGAGACUGCUGGAUGGAACAUUGUUUUUGUGGGUCUCCUAUUUCCAGACCUGGAUUCAAAAAGUAUUUUGUUUUCUUUACAAUAAAGAAAAGGUUUUAGCUGUGCUUAACUGAGCUUGCCCGGCUAAAUCAAACCAAUGAAAUAGUCCUAAAAGUGCAAACCCCGCCCAUCUGGCAUUCGAGACAGGCUCAAUCAAACACCUCAAAGUAUUUGAAAAAACUAAAAAUGUAUUCUAUUUGAACCCAGGCCAGCUAUUUAUGGAGGGACAUGAUCAGCUGAGUUUUUUUGUUUGCCUGGCCGAUGUUUUCCUGCUUGGAUCUCACUCGCUGUCCCUGACUCCAUAAUAAUGAGCUAGCUAAGGGAAAAGUACACAGGAUUCAGGGUCCAGGAGGACAACAGAGCUCACUGGUCCCAAAUGGCACCUUAUUCACUAUAUAGUGCACUACUUUUAUGGGCUCUGGUCAAAAGUAGUGCACUUUACAGUGACUCGGGUACCAUUUCAGAUGCAGCCUGUCUCUACUAUAUUCUAUAAGGCUAGCAGAUGGAACUGGCAUCUGAUCUCAUGGCUUAAAACCUCAUGAAUACAGGAGCGCUUGUUUGUGCCUGGCCCUGCUUGGAUAAAGCAAGCCAGGUCUAUGAUAUCUAGCGAAACGGUAGGCUGGUGUACCGUCUGCCUGCAUGUUUGUUUUCUGUUCUGCUUCCUCUGUGAGCCCAUAUGCUUAGUAAUGUAAGCAGAUCCCUUGAUUGGACAAGGGAUCAUGUCUGCAUCCCAAAUGGCACCCUAUUCCCUAUAUAGUGUACUGCUUUUGACCAGGGCCCAUAGGGGAAAGGGUGCCAUUUAGGAUGCAGUCCUUGCAUCGUUAUUGGUCCAGGUGAUGAUAGCAGGGCAUAGAUUUACUGGCAGGGCUCAGGUAUAAGCACAGUUACAGAUAUCUUUAGCCACGGUACUGACUCAUGAAACCGUACUACCUAGAUGAAGUUGCAUAUACAGUGCCUUCGGAAAGUAUUCAGACCCGUUGACUUUUUCCACAUGUUGUUACUUUACAGCCUUAUUCUAAAAUUGAAUAAAUAAAUAAAUGUCCUCAGCAGUCUACACACAAUACCCCAUAAUGACAAAGCGAAAACAGGUUUUUAGAUUUUUUUGCAAAUGUAUAAAAAUAAAUAAAUGGAAAUACCUUAUUUACAUAAGUAUUCAGACCCUUUGCUAUGAGACUCGAAAUUGAGCUCAGGUGCAUCUUGGUUUCCAUUGAUCAUCCUUGAGAUGUUUCAACAACUUGAUUGGAGUCCACCUGUGGUAAAUUCAAUUGAUUGGACAUGAUUUGGAAAGGCACACACCUGUCUAUAUAAGGUCCUACAGUUGACAGUGCAUGUCAGAGCAAAAGCCAAGCCAUGAGGUCGAAGGAAUUGUCCGUAGAGCUCCGAGACAGGAUUGUGUCAAGGCACGGAUCUGAGGAAGGGUACCAAAAAAUGUCUGCAGUAUUGAGGGUUCCCAAGAACACAGUGGCCUCCAUCAUUCUUAAAUGGAAGAAGUUUGGAACCACCAAAACUCUUCCUAGAGCUGGCUGCCCGGCCAAACUGAGCAAUCGGGGGAGAAGGGCCUUGGUCAGGGAGGUGACCAAGAACCGAAUGGUCACUCUGACAGAGCUCUAGAGUUCCUCUGUGGAGAUGGGAGAACCUUCCAGAAGGACAACCAUCUCUUCAGCACUCCACCAAUCAGGCCAUUAUGGUAGAGUGGCCAAACGGAAGUCACUCCUCAGUAAAAGGCACAUGACAGCCCGCUUGGAGUUUGCCAAAAGAAACCUAAAGACUCUCAGACCAUGAGAAACAAGAUUCUCUGGUCUGAUGAAACCAAGAUUGAACUCUUUGGCCUGAAUGCCAAGCAUCACGUAUGGAGGAAACCUGGCACCAUCCCUACGGUGAAGCAUGAUGGUGGCAGCAUCAUGCUGUGGGGAUGUUUUUCAGCAGCAGGAACUGGGAGACUAGUCAGGAUCGAGGCAAAGAUGAACGGAGCAAAGUACAGAGAUAUCCUUGAUGAAAACCUGCUCCAGAGUACUCAGGACCUCAGACUGGGGCGAAGGUUCACCUUCCAACAGGACAACAACCCUAAGCACACAGCCAAGACAAUGCACGAGUGGCUUCGGGACAACUCUCUGAAUUUCCUUGAGUGGCCCAGCCAGAGCCCGGACUUGAACCCGAUCGAACAUCUCUGGGGAGACCUGAAAAUAGCUGUGCAGCAACUCUCCUCAUCCAACCUGACAGAGCUUGAGAGGAUCUGCAGAGAAGAAUGGGAGAAACUCCCCAAGUACAGGUGUGCCAAGCUUUUUUAUUUUUAAUACAUUUCUAAAAAACGUUUUUUGCUUUGUCAUUAUGGGGUAAUGUGUGUAGAUUGAUACAUUUUUGAAUAAGGCUGUAACGGGGCGUUCUGAAUACUUUCCGAAGGCACUGUAGUUGAGCUUGUUUCAGUAGGCAUACAUCUCUAGGAGAUGAAAAUUUGAUUAUUAGGGUAAUUACUAUGUAAUUAUUAUCAAAUGAUCAUUUUACCAUGUCAUUUCUAAGAAAUGCCAUUUCUAAGAAAAUACCUGGCAGUUCACAGUAAAAGGAAGAAGCUGAGGCAACACUGAUUUCAUCUCCUCAUAUGAUUCAUGGCUGUGAACUCACAGAUGUCUCCUCAGAAUGUAUUGAAGAACAAACAUUUCAAAAUUAGAAAAAUGUCCAUUAAUUAUAAUCCACAAAAUAAUCUACAUUUCCUCUUGCUGCAGGAUUAUUUUAGCCUCGUACGAACCAUCCUGAUCUCGAAAGCUUACAUUCUGUUUUGCUACAGGCUAGGAUUAUUUUACUGUUUUAGCAAACUGGCUCAAAUUAAGAUCCUACAUCUGUACACUAGUGCUAUGGCAUAGUUUACAGGGUGUUAUUGUUAAGGUUAUGAGAAGACACCAUUACGACCAUUAUGUGCCAUUAUGCUAAUUACAUACAGAUAAGGAAUUGCAUUAUAUUACCAUGACUAAUACAGUAAAAUUAUACUCAGGUUGGUGUGAGGGAGUGAGGGAACGGAUUCACUUUCUUAUUUUUUGGAAGAAAGGAAAAGCACUCCGGUGAAAAUUCACAAUGAGUGCAUUUAAACUAAGAUGGUCAAAUGGUUUUGCUGCAGGAUACGUUUUUGAAAGAGUUCCAGUGUUGGAUAGCCAUAGCCAGCUAGCAUAGCAUCCCUCUCUGUUUGAACCAGGUGUUUGAGUAGACUAAACUAGCUAGCUGCAUUUGCUAGCUCAGUGAAAGUGAAAGUAAAGAAAAUACAACCAAAUAUAGCUAGCUCUCUCUCUCUCUCUCUCUCUCUCUCUCUCUAUCUCUCUCUCUCUCUCUCUCUCUCUCUCUCUCUCUCUCUCUUGCUUUUCCUUAAUUUUUGAAGAAAUUAAUUUGUUCAAAACUGUUCAACUAUUGUCUUUCUCUCUCUUUGAGUCAACUACUCACCACAUUUGAUCCACUGCAGUGCUAGCUAACUGUAUCUUAUGCAUUCAGUACAAGAUUAAUUAUCUGAUCCUUUGAUUGGGUGGACAACAUGUCAGUUCAUGCUGCAAGAGCUCUGAUAGGUUGGAGGACGUCCUCCGGAAGUUGUCAUAAUUACUGUUUAAGUCUAUGGAACGGGGCGAGAACCAUGAUGUUUAGUAUUGAAGUCAAUGUACCCAGAGGAGGACAGAAGCUGGCUGUCCUCCGGCUACACCAUGGUGCUACCCUACAGAGUGCUGCUUAGGCUACUGUAGACCUUCAUUGCAAAACAGUGUGUUUUAAUCAAUUAUUUGGUGACGUGAAUAUGUUUAGUAUAGUUUUAUCUAAAAAGGAUAACAUAUUUAAUAUUUCAAAAUUUUUAUUUUUAUGAAAUUCACUGUUGAAGAUGGUCCUCCCCUUCCUCCUCUGAGGAGCCUCCACUGAAUUCUAUGUAAAAAAAUAAGUAUGUUUUUCUGCAUAGGUUAUCUAAGUAUACCUCUUAACCAGUUCAGUUGUCAUUUUAAUUAAUGAUGCACAUUGAUUAUUUAAGAACUUAUGCCUUAGGAGUUUAGUACAACUGCCACACUGGUCUAUAGUAUCAUAACACAAUAAUUAAAGCAAGUUUUUUAUUUUCUAAAGUCUAGCAAUCUUACCAGCAGGCAUACCAGCUAAGACAGUUAGACAAGCUAGUCUAACUUGAUUGAUAGCCUGAAAUGGCUUGGUAGCUAGUUGGGAGAGGUUGGGAGAUUGGGAACCUAUCAUUAGACUUGGGGUGGGGUAGUGAGAAACUCUGGCGGAAAAAUGGGGUCCGCGCUGAAAAGGUUUGAAUACCAUACUGAACAAAAAUAUAAAUGCAACACGUAAAGUGUUUGUCCCAUGUUUCAUGAGUCGAAAUAAAAGAUCCCCAAUUUUUUCCAUAUGCACAAAAAGCUUAUUUCUCUCCAAUUUUGGGCACAAAUUUGUUUACAUACACUACCGGUCAACAGUUUUAGAACACCUACUUAUUCAAGGGUUUUUCUUUAUUUUUACUAUUUUCUACAUUGUAGAAUAAUAGUGAAGAAAUCAAAACUAUGAAAUAACACAUAUGGAAUCAUGUAGAAACCAAAAAAGUGUUAAACAAAUCAAAAUAUAUUUUAUAUUUGAGAUUCUUCAAAUAGCCACCCUUUGCCUUGAUGACCGUUUGCACACUCUUGGCAUUCUCUCAACCAGCUUCAUGAGGUAGUCACCUGAAAUGCAUUUAAAUUAACAGGUGUGCCUUCUUAAAAGUUCAUUUGUGGAAUUUUUUUCUUCUUAAUGCGUUUGAGCCAAUCAGUUGUGUUGUGACAAGGUGGGGGGUAUACAGAAGAUAGCCCUAUUUGGUAAAAGACCAAGUCCAUAUUAUGGCAAGAACAGCUCAAAUAAGCAAAGAGAGACAACAGUCCAUCAUUACUUUAAGACAUGAAGGUCAGUCAAUAUGGAACAUUUCAAGAACUUUGAAAGUGCAGUCGCAAAAACCAUCAAGCGCUAUGAUGAAACUGGCUCUCAUGAGGACCACCACAGGAAUUGAAGACCGAGAGUUACCUCUGCUGCAGAGGAUAAGUUAAUUAGAGUUACCAGCCUCAGAAAUUGCAGCCUAAAUAAAUGCUUCACAGAGUUCAAGUAACAGACACAUCUCAACAUCAACUGUUCAGAGGAGACUGUGUGAAUCAGGCCUUCAUGGUUGAAUUGCUGCAAAGAAACCACUACUAAAGGACACCAAUAAGAAGAAAAUACUUGCUUGGGCCAAGAAACACGAGCAAUGGACAUUUGUCCUUUGUCUGGAGUCCAAAUUGGAGAUAUUUGGUUCCAACUGCCAUGUUUUUGUGAGACGCGGUGUGGGUGAACGGUUGAUCUCCGAAUGUGUUUUUCCCAGCGUAAAGCAUAGAGGAGGAGGUGUUAUGGUGUGGGGGUGCUUUGCUGGUGACACUGUCGAUGGCGAUACGCCAUCCCAUCUGGUUUGGGCUUAGUGGGACUAUCAUUUGUUUUUCAACAGGACAAUGACCCAACACACCUCCAGGCUGUGUAAGGGCUAUUUGACCAAGAAGGAGAGUGAUGAAGUGCUGCAUCAGAUGACCUGGCCUCCACAAUCCCCCGACCUCAACCCAAUUGAGAUGGUUGGGAUGAGUCGGACAGCAGAGUGAAGGAAAAGCAGCCAACAAGUGCUGAGCAUAUGUGGGAACGCCUUCAAGACUGUUCGAAAAGCAUUCCAGGUGAAGCUGGUUGAGAGAGUGUGCAAAGCGGUCAUCAAGGCAAAGGGUAGCUAUUUGAAGAAUCUCAAAUAUAAAAUAUGUCUUGAUUUGUUUAACACUUUUUGGUUACUACAUGAUUCCAUAUGUGUUAUUUAAUAGUUUUGAUGUCUUCACUAUUAUUCUACAAUGUAGAAAAUGUAAAAAUAAAGAAAAACCCUUGAAUGAGUAGGUGUGUCCAAAGUUUUGACUGGUACUGUAUGUCAAAAAUGUAAAUACCUGCAUUGACAUGAGGUUACUCAGGCAGUACAUGUUAAUGUGAUGCUAAUGCUUCUCUGAUUAAUCUUUUGAGUAGGUCUCCCACUGUUUUACUGUGAGUCAUAACAUGGAGUUAUGCAGUAGGUUAACACUGUGAUACCUUUGCCUCGGAGGAACAAAGAUAACUGUCCUGGACUGGCUCAGUGUUCUCUCUCACAAGCGGGUUGAAGUACAUGUUUCUGCAUUGGUUUAUCCUCAAUAUAUUGCCUAUAUAGCCUAGAAUAGGCAUCGGUUGGGAUUUAAAGUUAAAAUUGGAAAUUAAAUUAUAGAUCCUUGACUUUGGGAAGAGCUCUGAAAAGUGUGAUUAUAUGCAAGUGAUCAUUAUCCUGUGGUUGCUGUCGAAAACAUCACCCUCAGAUCUCGCUCCAGUGAUACUUUCCAGUUUCCACAUGUUUUGACUGUGAGGAUCUUAAUGUAGAAAACACACUGCUGCUUGAUAAGAGUGAGCUUCUCUCUCUCUCCCAUCCUUAUAUGGACCUCUUGUUCUACAGCACUUUAGGAGGUCAAUAGAGAUAUGAGUAGUGAAUGAAAAUUGGAUAUUCCAUUCAUGAGCACAUACAGGUAACUGCCAAAAUAAAGGAAAUACUUGAAUAAAGGAGGGAUACAAAGUAUAUUGAAAGCCGGUGCUUCCACACAGGUGUGUUUCCUGAGUUAAUUAAGCAAUGAACAUCCCAUCAUGCUUAGGGUCAUGUAAAAAAAUGCCCAGUUGCCCAUUAUUUUGGCUAUCAUGGCUAGAAGAAGAGAUCUCAGUGACUUUGAAAGAGGGGUCUCAAAGGGGCAUAGGGGGUUUAAAGGGUAUUUGUGUUUGUGUGAAUGUGUGUGUGUGUGUGUUUUAGUCACCAGAUCUCCACCCAAUUGAACACUUACAGUAUGGGAGAUUCUAGAGCGGCGCCUGAGACAGCAUUUUCUACCAUCAUCAACAAAACACAAAAUUAUGGAAUUUCUUGUAGAAGAAUGGUGUUGCAUCCCUCCAAUAGAUUUCCAGACACUUGUAGAAUGUAUGCCAAGGCACAUUGAAGCUGUUCUGGCAGCUUGUGGUGGCCCAACGCCCUAUUAAGACACUAUGUUGGUGUUUCCUUUAUUUUGGUAGUUACCAGUAUCAUUAUGCUCCGUAAUCCAUGUAUCCUAGAUCGUUGAAAAUGUUGCAGCUUCAUUUGAUGUACACUACCAGUCAAAAGUUUGGACACACCUACUCAUUCAAGGGUUUUUCUUAUUUUUACAUUGUAGAAUAAUAGUGAAGAAAUCAAAACAAUGAAAUAACACGUAUGGAAUCAUGUACAGUGGCUUGCGAAAGUAUUCACCCUCCUUGGCAUUUUUCCUAUUUUGUUGCCUUACAACCUGGAAUGAAAAUAGAUUUUUGGGGGGGUUUGUAUCAUUUGAUUUAUACAACAUGCCUACCACUUUGAAAAUGCAAAAUAUUUUUUUUGGUGAAACAAACAAGAAAUAAGACAAAAAACAGAAAACUUGAGUGUGCAUAACUAAUCAUCCCCCCCCCCCCCCCCCCCCCCCCCCCCCUGCUUUGACUAGGCCAUUCCAAGACAUUUAAAUGUUUCCCCUUAAACCACUCGAGUGUUGCUUUAGCAGUAUGCUUAGGGUCAUUGUCCUGCUGGAAGGUGAACCUCCGUCCCAGUCUCAAAUCUCUGGAAGACUGAAACAGGUUUCCCUCAAGAAUUUCUCUGUAUUUAGCGCCAUACAUCAUUCCUUCAAUUCUGACCAGUUUCCCAGUCCCUGCCGAUGAAAAACAUCCCCACAGCAUGAUGCUGCUACCACCAUGCUUCACUGUGGGGAUGGUGUUCUCGGGGUGAUGAGUAGUGUUGGGUUUGCGCCAGACAUAGUGUUUUCCUUGAUGGCCAAAAAGCUCAAUUUUAGUUUCAUCUGACCAGAGUACCUUCUUCCAUAUGUUUGGGGAGUCUCCCACAUGCCUUUUGGCGAACACCAAACGUGUUUUCUUAGUUUUUUCUUUAAGCAAUGGCAUUUUUUUCUGUCCAUUCUUCCGUAAAGCCCAGUUCUGUGGAGUGUACGGCUUAAAGUGGUCCUAUGGACAGAUACUCCAAUCUCCGCUGUGGAGCUUUGCAGCUCCUUCAGGGUUAUCUUUGGUCUCUUUGUUGCUUCUCUGAUUAAUGCCCUCCUUGCCUGGUCCGUAAGUUUUGGUGGGCGUCCCUCUCUUGGCAGGUUUUUUGUGGUGCCAUAUUCUUUCAAUUUUUUUAUAAUGGAUUUAAUGGUGCUCCGUGGGAUGUUCAAAGUUUCAGAUAUUUUUUUAUAACCCAACCCUGAUCUGUGCUUCUCCACAACUUUGUCCCUGACCUGUUUGGAGAGCUCCUUGGUCUUCAUGGUGCCGCUUGCGUGGUGGUGCCUCUUGCUUAGUGGUGUUGCAGACUCUGGGGCCUUUCAGAACAGGUGUGUAUGUAUACUGAGAUCAUGUGACAGAUCAUGUGACACUUAAAUUGCACACAGGUGGACUUUAUUUAACUAAUUAUGUGACUUCUGAAGGUCAUUGGUUGCACCAGAUCUUAUUUAGGGGCUUCAUAGCAAAGGGAGUGAAUACAUAUGCACGCACCACUUUUCCGUUAUUUAUGUUUUAGAAUUUUUGAAACAAGUUCUUUUUUUCAUUUUACUUCACCAAUUUUGACUAUUUUGUGUAUGACCAUUACAUGAAAUCCAAAUAAAAAUCAAUUUAAAUUACAGGUUGUAAUGCAACAAAAUAAGAAAAACGCCAAGGGGGAUGAAUACUUUUGCAAGGCACUGUAGUAACCAAAAAAGUGUUAAACAAAUCAAAAUAUAUUUUAUAUUUGAGAUUCUUCAAAUAGCCACCCUUUGCCUUGAUGACAGCUUUGCACACUCUUGGCAUUCUCUCAACCAGCUUCAUGAGGUAGUCACCUGGAAUGCAUUUCAAUUAACAGGUGUGCCUUCUUAAAAGUUCAUUUGUGGAAUUUCUUUCCUUCUUAAUGCGUUUGAGCCAAUCAGUUGUGUUGUGACAAGGUAGACAGAAGAUAGCCCUAUUUGGUAAAAGACCAAGUCCAUAUUAUGGCAAGAACAGCUCAAAUAAGCAAAGAGAAAUGACAGUCCAUCAUUACUUAAAGACAUGAAGGUCAGUCAAUACGGAACAUUUCAAUAACUUUUAAAGUUUCUUCAAGUGCAGUCGCAAAAACCAUCAAGUGCUAUGAUGAAACUGUCUCUCAUGAGGACCGCCACAGGAAUGGAAGACCCAGAGUUACCUCUGCUGUAGAGGAUAAGUUCAUUAGAGUUACUAGCAUCAGAAAUUGCAGCCCAAAUAAAUGCUUCACAGAGUUCAAGUAACAGACACAUCUCAACAUCAACUGUUCAGAGGAGACCGUGUGAAUCAGGCCUUCAUGGUCUAAUUGCUGCAAAGAAACCACUACUAAAGGACACCAAUAAUAAGAAGAGACCUGCUUGGGCCAAGAAACACGAGCAAUGGACAUUAGACUGGUGGAAAUGUGUCCUUUUGUCUGGAGUCCAAAUUGGAGAUUUUUGGUUCCAACCGCCGUGUCUUUGUGAGACGCGGUGUGGGUGAACGGAUGAUCUCUUCAUGUGUAGUUCCCACCAAGUCUGUGAUUUAUUUAUAAUUCAAGGCACACUUAACCAGCAUGGCUACCGCAGCAUUCUGCAGCGAUACGCCAUCCCAUCUGGUUUGGGCUUAGUGGGAAUAUCAUUUGUAUUUCAACAGGAAAAUGACCCAACACACUUCCAGGCUGUGUAAGGGCUUUUUUACCAAGAAGGAGAAUGAUGGAGUGCUGCAUCAGAUGACCUAGCCUCCACAAUCCUCCGACCUCAACCCAAAUUGAGAUGGUUUGGGAUGAGUCGGACGGCAGAGUGAAGGAAAAGCAGCCAACAAGUGCUCAGCAUAUGUGGGUACUCUUUCAAGAGUGUUGGAAAAGCAUUCCAGGUGAAGCUGGUUGAGAGAAUGCCAAGAAUGAUUCCAUGUGUUAUUUCAUAGUUUUGAUGUCUUCACUAUUAUUUUACAAUGUAGAAAAUAGUAAAAAUUAAGAAAAACCCUUCAAUUAGUAGGUGUGUCCAAACUUUUGACUGGUAUUGUACAUCAACAAUUUAAAUACCUGCAUUGACAUGAGGUUACUCAGGCAGUACAUGUUAAUGUGAUGCUAAUGCUUCUCUGAUUAAUCUUUUGAGUAGGUCUCCCACUGUUUUACUGUGAGUCAUAACAUGGAGUUAUGCAGUAGGUUAACACUGUGAUACCUUUGCCUCGGAGGAACAAAUGUAACUGGCCUGGACUGGCUCAGUGUUCUCUCUCACAAGCACGUUGAAGUACAUGGUUCUGCGUUGGAUUAUCCUCAAUAUAUUGCCUAUAUAACCUAGAAUAGGCAUCGGUUAGGAUUUAAAGUUAAAAUUGGAAAUUAAAUUAUAGAUCCUUGACUUUGGGAAGAGCUCUGAAAAGUGUGAUUAUAUGCAAGUGAUCAUUAUGCUGUGGUUGCUGUCGAGAACAUCACCCUCAGGUCUCGCUCCAGUGAUACUUUCCAGUUUCCACAUGUUUUGACUGUGAGGAUCUUAAUGUAGAAAACACACUGCUGCUUGAUAAGAGUGAGCUUCUCUCUCUCUCCCAUCCUUAUAUGGACCUCUUGUUCUACUAAACAGUAUUAGAUCCUUGGAGGGUGGUAGGGUAGCUAAGUUGAGCAGCUGUACACAUGCCACAGGAUAGGUCAUGUAUGGACUACAGUAAGUCAUUCCCACGUAACUCCUCACUCCACUUAACCACCCACACCUACAGUAACCAUCAUCCUCCUCGGACCCUAUGUUAGUAUGAGAACCAGUGUAGAAGUAGGUACCCAUGAUUUUGGAUUUGGGGAACGGGAAGGAAACAUUGGCUCUCUGGGACUAGUCUGGCAGCCAGUCCCCUUACCCUCCUCCUCUCCUCCUCUCCUCCACCCCUCAGGCCCUCAGGGGUUGCCUAUUUCCAUUGUCUGUCUGCCAGCAUUUUUCAAUUUAGCAAAAUCUCAUAAUGAAAGAAAGCAACCAGUGUGUGAGAGUAUUUGGGUAGUAUUGUGUGUACACGAUUAAUACAAGAACCACAUGAGAAGUGUUGAAAUAUGAGCAAAGGGCUUUUCAGUGGGCCCAUAUUGGGUGGGAGCGUCGUAAAUUUAUCUUUAUUGAUAUGUUCAGUAUAUGUUUAUUGUUUGCCUUUGCCACAUUUCCACUGUUAAAAAAACACAGACCUUGAACCAAUAUGGGUUCUUGCUUGGAGAUGGUAGCAGUAAAAAUAUAUGAAUUCAGAUGUGAGAAUGUGUCCCUUGGUUUUUGCAUUAUUGCCUUUGAGACAUGCCAUUACUUUUAAUGACUUUUUAUGCCUUUUCCCCUUUCUCAAGUGUUGAAAGUAUAAAUCAAUUUACAGGAUACAAAAACCAACAAUUUAAAUAGGAUACAAAAACAACCGUGUCACUUUAGAGAGUGAUUAUCCCUCUCCAAAAUGAUUUUCAAUAUGUCGGCAUGAUAUUGCAUCCUCAAAACAGGAGCUUUCUAACCCAAUACAAAACGUAGCCUAAUUGAUGUAGCAGUAUCGCACCAAAUGAAUGCUACAGUACAGUAGAUUAAUUAAGACCCCCCUUACUCUGAGCACUAGCAUUUGGGCUUAGGAGCUAGCACUAGGACCAUGGCUGUUUUUUCAAAUGGCACCCCAUUCCCUACAUAGUGCAAUACUUUUGACCGGAGCCCUAUGGGCCCUACAUAGGGAAUAAGGUGCCAUUUGGGAGGCAUACCGUGUUAGCUGAUGGCCACAUUAACAGAUUUGCCUGCUGGUGCUCAGUGAUGGGGGCUCAGCAGGGCCUGCAAACAAUGCUACCCAGUGUCCAUGCACUUGUCCCACUGCAAGAGUAAUCCAUUAGCCAUCAGAAGGUGAAACACGUGGAUUAUGGAAACACAUUAAGCAAUUACUGAUUCUAAAAAUAGACCUGGGUCCUCAUCCAUCUCCUGGCCAGCCAAAGCUGUUGCCAUGUUAACACUACUCAAUCUGUAGUGGGUUCUGUUGUUUUCCCUCGCCUCGCCUCUCCACUCUCUGUGUUUCACGGUUAAUGUGUCAAAAAUAACACAACAUAACAAUUACAGACGGGUAAGAGGAGCAUUUUUAGGGGGCUUUUGUGUGAAUAGUUGAAUGGAUGUAAAUAUAAUAUUAUAGUGCACAGGUAAAGGGCCUGAUGAUCUAGAUCAUGGAUGGGCAACUUUGAUGGGGGUGGGGGCCACAGAAAUUCUGAACUCAUCAUGAGAGGCUGCAGUGGCUCGCGGGUCUGUGUACCUACAUCCAUACCCACACAUUCACAGUCAGAGCCGUCACUAGUCUUUUGGUGGCCCCAAGUAAAAUGUUGUUGCGCCCACCCCAACAUUUGAGCAGCCCCCCUCUUGACAGUGGAGAGAGAAAAUUGAUGUUUUUUGUUAAUUUCCUGCAAUUCAAGAUAAAAUGUUGUAAUUUUUAAGCAAAUUUGCUGCAAUUCUACAAAUGUAGCCAAGUCGUGGAGAGAAGAUUUUGCAAUUUUAUAACUAAUUCAAUUUCAUGCAAUUCUACUCAUUUUGCCAUUGGGUGGAGAGAAAUGUUUGCAGUUUUAAUAUGAUAUCUGAGUGAGAGUGACUAACAAAAUCAAUGGGGGCCCACCGGUCGGUAGAUAGUUGACUAGACUUACCAAUCUAAACCGUUUUUGCUGACAUGGGCUAAUUGAGUCACUGUCAGUGUCUGACAUAACAAGAUAAAAUCUGCUGCACCUUGUGUAUUCUACUAUUCUAACUCUCAACCAGUAGCGGUGCGUGGGUAAAAUCACUGGGGGGAAAAAGCCACAUUACAACCUGUGUUGUGAUAAUUGCGUUGUUUGCUCUAUAACCUGUUAGUUCAUAUGCCUUGACACCGUGAUAUAUAGGCCUAAAGGCAGAGACAAUAAGACGACACAGUGGCAGAAUGAAUUCAACCACACCUUUAUUUCAUCACAAAACCAGAUAGCAACAUCUGUCCGAUUUAGUCCACAAAGCAUAUUGCAUGUAACAGACAGUUACAUGACCUACAGAAUGGUAAAGCAAGUUAAUGUUUCCAGAUUUUUCUGACCACUAAACAACUAUUGAUUUAGAACCAUAGAGAGUUACCGCAAGUCGCAAAGAAAACAGGAGCUGCCUCCAUUAUUCCAGCACCAUUUCAUCUUCAACAUUUCAACAUCAUCAAAUCACCUCUGCUUAGUGACAAUACAGUGACAACUAAAAGAUACCAAAAACAAUUUAGUCCAAUAAACGUAACCUAAAUAUGAUGUGGCAGUUGCCCAUCCCUGAUAUAGAUGUUUCAAUAGUAUGUUACAUUUCUCUGCUUAGCCGUUUAAAUGCUUGUGAAUGAUUUUACUUCAGAGGAGAGAGGAGGAUACAGGCACUCAUGGGUUUUGACGGUGCAGGAAACAAGAUACUGGAGAAAGAGAGAGGGGAGGGAGAGGAAGAGAAAGAGAGAGGGAGGGAGAGUCAUAUUAAAUGCUGGUUGCCAGAGAAAGAGAGAUACAAUGCCUCUCUCAUGUUUAGUUUAGGUGUGAAGCUAAUUGGAUGAAUAAUUGGGUCAUCAGUAGAUAUGAUACUACUGUACCAGAAAAUGUGAUAGAGGUGACAACUGAAACAUUUUCAGUUCUCUCACAUAUUUAUGAAGGAAAGUCAGGCUGUUGGCUAGUCUCACUUGUUAAUGCCUAUCAGUACUGACAGGCCUGAUGUAGGGCUGAGGGAGAGGAAGAGUGACAGACAUUGUAUUGCAUGGUGACAUUUUUUUAAUGCAUUUUCUUUGGUGACAGUCUUGAUGACAGAGCUCAGGGAAUCUUUGGGAAUAUUGAGGCAAAUAUUUCCUCAGGUCUGAUUCUCUCCACAGAAGAUAUUACUAUAGUCUUGAAGAAAAUAUCUCAGAGCUGGAGAGCUCAAAUAGCAUCAUGAGAAUUAUAUAUUUGCUGUACCUAGAGCAUGCUUACGUCAUAUGUUUUCAAAUGGAUAAAGGUUCAAGGUUAAAUUGAUUUGUCAUACUGUGAGUGUGAUAGAAGGAGUCAGGCGCAGGAGGGUAAAUCACUGAAUACAGAGUUUAUUCCGUCGUAUACAAAUGCGACACACGAAAACAUGCACAGGGGAAACUAUCUACCCUAGCAAUACACGAUACGGGAUACUCCAACAAUAUACAAGCACAGGGGAAAUAUCUACCCCGGCAAUACAAAGGGAGAGCUACACUACUCUCACAAAUAACAAUCACCCACAAGGAUAAGGGGGGCAGAGGGAACACUUAUACAUGGACUAAUGAGGGGAUAAGAACCAGGUGUGUGUAAUUAACAAGACAAGACAAAUGGAAUGAUGAUAUAUGGAGCGGCAGUGGCUAGUAAGUCGGUGAUGACGAAUGCCGAAGCCUGCCCGAACAGCCUCGGUGGAAGUCGUGACAGUUCCCACCGCAGGAGCCUCGGUCUGGCUCUGGUGCCACGGUGCCAGAAACGGUUGGUAACCUAAAACACAUUGGAAUGGCGUUAGGUUAGUAGAGGAGUGGCAGAGAGAGUUCUGGGCAUAUUCUGCCCAUGGCAAGAACACCGACCACUCCCCCGGUCGGUCCUGGCAGGAGGACCGCAGGAACCUACCCACAUCCUGAUUUACCCGUUCCACCUGCCCAUUUGACUCGUGGUGGAACCACGUCAGGCUGACCGAGACCCCCAGAUGUUCCAUGAACGCCUUCCAGACCUUGGACGUGAACUGGGGACCUCGGUCAGACACUAUAUCCUCUGGUACUCCAUAGUGCCGGAAGACGUGAGUAAACAGGGCCUCCGCAGUUUGCAGGGCCGUGGGGAGACAGGGCAGAGGAAGGAGGCGGCAGGACUUAGAAAAGCGGUCCACAACGACCAGGAUGGUGGUGUUACCUUGGGAGAGGUAAAAAAUCAACACUGAGGUGAGACCAUGGUCAUUGUGGAACUGGUAAAGGUUUUAACUUACCCGCUGGGAGGUGCCUAGGUGCCUUACUCUGGGCGCACACCGAGCAGGAGGAGACGUACACCCUCAUGUCCUUAGCCAAGGUAGGCCACCAGUACUUUCCGGUCAGGCAGCGCACUGUACGACCUAUACCUGGGUGACCAGAGGAGGGUGACGUGUGUGCCCAGUAGAUCAGACGAUCACCGAUAAGAGCAGGCACGUACCGCAGCCCAGCUGGACACUGAGGUGGAGAUGGAUCUGUGCGUAAUGCCUGCUCUAUAUCCGCGUCCAUCGCCCAUACUACCGGCGCCACAAUGUAGGAGGCCGGGAGUAUGGGGGUGUUGUCUCUGGGCCUCUCCUCUGUGUCAUACAGCCGGGACAGUGCGUCUUCCUUCACGUUCUUCGUACCCGGAAUGUAUGACAGUGUGAAAUCAAACUGGGUGAAGAAUAGGGCCCACCUGGCCUGGCGAGGAUUCAGUCUCCUCGCUGCCCGGAUGUACUCCAGGUUACGGUGGUCCGUCCAGACGAGGAAAGGGUGUUUCGCCCCUUCGAGCCAAUGCCUCCACACGGUCAAAGCUCGGACAACAGCCAACAGCUCCCGAUCACCAAUGUCGUAGUUCUGCUCCGCAGGGCUGAGCUUCUUAGAGAAGAAGGCACAGGGGCGGAGCUUGGGUGGCGUGCCUGAGCAUUGAGACAGGACAGCGCCUAUCCCUACCUCGGACGCAUCCACCUCCACUACGAACGGUAGUGAUGGAUCGGGGUGGGCCAGUACCGGGGCUGAGGUGAACAGACCCCGCAGUUUGCUGAUGGCCAGGUCAGCCUCUGCAGACCAGCGGAGCCGGGACGGCCCACCCUUCAACAGGGAUGUAAUGGGAGCUGCGACCUUGCCAAAGCCCCGGAUAAACCUCUGACAGUAGUUGGCGAAGCCAAGGAAGCGCUGCACCUCCUUAACCGUGGUUGGAGUCGGCCAAUUACACACGGCUGAAAUGUGAUCUCCCUCCAUCUCCACACCUGAGGUGGUAAUGCAGUAUCCGAGAAAGGAGACGGACUGCUGGAAAAACAUACACUUCUCUGCCUUGGCAUAAAGGUCAUUUUCCAACAGUCGGGCCAGCACUUUGCGAACCAGGGACACAUGUUCGGCGCAUGUAGCAGAAUACACCAGGAUGUCAUCGAUGUAGACCACCACACCGCGACCAAGCAGGUCCCGAAACUCCUCGUUCACAAAGGACUGGAAGACGGAGGGAGCAUUCAUCAAACCGUAGGGCAUCACCAGGUAUUCAUAAUGCCCUGUGGUUGUGCUGAAUGCUGUCUUCCACUCAUCCCCCUCCCGAACACGCACCAGGUUGUAUGCAAUCCUGAGAUCUAAUUUGGUGAAGAAGCGCGCCCCAUGCAUUGACUCAAUCACUGAAGGAAUGAGGGGGAGAGGAUAACUAAAUCUUAUAGUCUCCUUGUUCAGUGAUCGAUAAUCAAUGCACGGGCGCAGACCGCCGUCUUUCUUCUUCACAAAGAAGAAACUUGAGGAGGUGGGUGAAGUGGAGGGACGUACAGUGGGGAGAACAAGUGUUUGAUACACUGCCGAUUUUGCAGGUUUUCCUACUUACAAAGCAUGUAGAGGUCUGUAAUUUUUAUCAUAGGUACACUUCAACUGUGAGAGACGGAAUCUAAAAUCCAGAAAAAUCCAGAAAAUCACAUUGUAUGAUUUUUAAGUAAUUAAUUUGCAUUUUAUUGCAUGACAUAAGUAUUUGAUCACCUACCAACCAGUAAGAAUUCCGGCUCUCACAGACCUGUUAGUUUUUCUUUAAGAAGCCCUCCUGUUCUCCACUCAUUACCUGUAUUAAUUGCACCUGUUUGGACUCGUUACCUGUAUAAAAGACACCUGUCCACACACUCAAUCAAACAGACUCCAACCUCUCCACAAUGGCCAAGACCAGAGAGCUGUGUAAGGACAUCAGGGAUAAAAUUGUAGACUUGCACAAGGCAAGCAGCUUGGUGAGAAGGCAACAACUGUUGGCGCAAUUAUUAGAAAAUGGAAGAAGUUCAAGAUGACGGUCAAUCACCCUCGGUCUGGGGCUCCAUGCAAGAUCUCACCUCGUGGGGCAUCAAUGAUCAUGAGGAAGGUGAGGGAUCAGUCAAGAACUACACAGCAGGACCUGGUCAAUGACCUGAAGAGAGCUGGGACCACAGUCUCAAAGAAAACCAUUAGUAACACACUAUGCCGUCAUGGAUUAAAAUCCUGCAGCGCACGCAAGGUCCCCCUGCUCAAGCCAGCGCAUGUCCAGGCCCGUCUGAAGUUUGCCAAUGACCAUCUGGAUGAUCCAGAGGAGGAAUGGGAGAAGGUCAUGUGGUCUGAUGAGACAAAAAUAGAGCUUUUUGGUCUAAACUCCACUCGCCGUGUUUGGAGGAAGAAGAAGGAUGAGUACAACCCCAAGAACACCAUCCCAACCGUGAAGCAUGGAGGUGAAAACAUCAUUCUUUGGGGAUGCUUUUCUGCAAAGGGGACAGGACGACUGCACCGUAUUGAGGGGAGGAAGGAUGGGGCCAUGUAUCGCGAGAUCUUGGCCAACAACCUCCUACCCUCAGUAAGAGCAUUGAAGAUGGGUCGUGGCUGGGUCUUCCAGCAUGACAACGACCCGAAACACACAGCCAGGGCAACUAAGGAGUGGCUCCGUAAGAAGCAUCUCAAGGUCCUGGAGUGGGCCAAUAGAAAAUCUUUGGAGGGAGCUGAAAGUCCGUAUUGCCCAGCGACAGCCCCGAAACCUGAAGGAUCUGGAGAAGGUCUGUAUGGAGGAGUGGGCCAAAAUCCCUGCUGCAGUGUGUGCAAACCUGGUCAAGACCUACAGGAAACGUAUGAUCUCUGUAAUUGCAAACAAAGGUUUCUGUACCAAAUAUUAAGUUCUGCUUUUCUGAUGUAUCAAAUACUUAUGUCAUGCAAUAAAAUGCAAAUGAAUUACUUAAAAAUCAUACAAUGUGAUUUUCUGGAUUUUUGUUUUAGAUUCCGUCUCUCACAGUUGAAGUGUACCUAUGAUAAAAAUUACAGACUUCUACAUGCUUUGUAAGUAGGAAAAACGGCAAAAUCGGCAGUGUAUCAAAUACUUGUUCUCCCCACUGUAAAUACCCCUGGCCCAGGGACUCGGUGACGUAUGUUUCCAUAGCCUCCGUUUCAGCCUGUGACAGGGGUACACAUGACUCCUGGGAGGUACAGCGUCUACCCGAAGGUUUAUCGCGCAAUCCCCCACCCGAUGAGGUGGUAAUUUUGUCGCCUGUGUCAUAGAAAAUGUGUGCACCAGAUCAUGGUAUUCGGAGGGAAUGCGCACGGUGGAGGUACCGUCUGGACUUUCCACCGUGGUUGCACCAAUGGAAACACCUAGACACCUACCCUGACACUCUCGCGACCACCCCAUGAGAACCCUCUGCGGCCAUGAGAAGGUGGGGUUGUGAAGUGCUAGCCAAGGGAUACCUAAUACCACAGGGAAAGCAGGAGACUCAAUAAUAGAAAAAGUUACCUGCUCACAAUGAGUCUCCUGGGUGAUCGUGGUGACUGGUACAAUAACUUCCUUAACAAACCCGGACCCUAAUGGUCGACUAUCAAGUGCUCUGAUGGGGAGUGGAAUGGAUAGGGGAACCAAUGAAAUGCCUUGACGGCAUGAGAAUGCCCUGUCCAUAAAGUUCCCAGCUGCGCCUGAAUCGACUAGCGCCUUACACUGGGGAACUACCAUGUGAUCGGGAAAGUAGAUAGGUAGGGUACAGUGCGCAGCAGUGGGCUCUGAAUGAGUGUGGGUGUUCUUAACAAGACAAGACAAAUGGAAUGAUGAUAUAUGGAGCGGCAGUGGCUAGUAAGCCGGUGACGACGAACGCCGAAGCCUGCCCGAACAAGGAGGGGAGGCAGCCUCGACGGAAGUCGUGACACAUACAGUAUGUAUAAAAUACACUGAACAAAAAUAGAAUUUUAGAGAGUCUUGACCGCAGUAAAAUUCCACUUGACCAUUGAGUCACAGUAAUCUCCUCUUAUGCACUCAGGACAUGCGUUGGUAGUAUCCAACUCGCUAAUGGCCUGGUACUCAGGGCUCUAUUGUUCUUCUAUCCACUCUGACAUCAAUGCAAUCGAAAAUCACAUCAAACUCUUAUCAUCAAAACAGUAUUUUGCUUUUAAAACUCACCUCACUGUGAUUGAUCAAUUUGAAGAAAGAAGUUCAACAACAGGUUGAAACUGAGUGGAAAACAUGGUCAUUGUGGAUUUUGUUUCAAAGCCUAACAUCAACAUGGACAGCGCAUUCUAAGGUGAUGAUUAAUUCAAAACACCCAUACACAUAUUGUCGUCACUGGCCUUCUAGCCACUGCCGCUCCUCAUCUCAUCAUUCCAUUUGUUUUGUCUUGUUUAUUACACACACCUGGUUCAUAUCCCCUCAUCAGUACCUGUAUAAGUGUUCCCUCUGCCCCCUUGUCUUUGUGUGUGAUUGUUUAUUGUGGAGGUUAGUUUAGCUCGGUGGAGCUCCUUGUAUUUUGUAUCGCCGGGAUAUUCACCCGUGUGCCUUGUUGUUUCCCAGUGCACCUGUUUUACGCACUGGAGUAUUUGACGCAUUGCUGCGUACCGCUGUGUUUUCGGAAUAAACCCUUUUAUUCUGUGAUUUACCCUCCUGUGCCUGACUCCUUCAAAAUCACUCACCACAUUAUACAGUUGAAGUCGGAAGUUUACAUACACCUUAGCCAAAUACAUUUAAACUCAGUUUUUCACAAUUCCUGACAUAUAAUCCUAGUAAAAAUUCCCUGUUUUAGGUCAGUUAGGAUCACCACUUUAUUUUAAGAAUGUGAAAUGUCAGAAUAAUAGUAGAGAGAAUGAUUAAUUUCAGCUUUUAUUUAUUUCAUCACAUUCCAGUGGGUCAGAAGUUUACAUACACUAAAUCAGUAUUUGGUAGCAUUGCCUUUAAAUUGAUUCACUUGGGUCAAACGUUUUGGGUAGCCUUCCACAAGCUUCCCACAAUAAGUUGGGUGAAUUUUGGCCCAUUCCUCCUGACAGAGCUGGUGUAACCGAGUCAGGUUUGUAGGCCUCCUUGCUCGCACACGCUUUUUCAGUUCUGCCCACACAUUUUCUAUAGGAUUGAGGUCAGGGCUUUGUGAUGGCCACUCCAAUACCUUGACUUUGUUGUCCUUAAGCUUGAACUUCCUGACUGAUGUCUUGAGAUGUUGCUUCAAUAUAUCCACAUAAUUUUCCUUCCUCAUAAUGCCAUCUAUUUUGUGAAGUGCACCAGUCCCUCCUGCAGCAAAGCACCCCCACAGCAUGAUGCUGCCACCCCGUGCUUCACGGUUGGGAUGGUGUUCUUCGGCUUGCAAGCACCACCUUUUUCCUCCAAACAUAACGAUGGUCAUUAUGGCCAAACAGUUCUAUUUUUGUUUCAUCAGACCAGAGGGACAAAGAUUGUACUUUUCUCCAAAAAAGUACAAUCUUUGUCCCCAUGUCCAGUUGCAAACCGUAGUCUGUCUUUUUUAUGGUGGUUUUGGAGCAGUGGCUUCUUCCUUGCUAAGCGGCCUUUCAGGUUAUGUCGAUAUAGGACUCGUUUUUGUCACGAUCGUCUAAUGAGGGAGACCAAGGCGCAGCGUUGCGAGUGAACAUAUUCUAUUUAUUUAAAUGAUCACACGAACCAAAACAAAUAAACAACGAAUGCGUGACGUCUAUGGUACAACACGAACACACACGAACAAAAUCCCACAACCCGAAAGAAAAACAGACAGAUUAAAUAUGGCUCCCAAUCAGAGACAACCAGCCGACAGCUGACACUCGUUGCCUCUGAUUGGGAGUCACACCGGCAAACAUAGAAAAUAGACAACCUAGAACACCCACCAAAGAAACGGAAAACAUAGAAUGAACACACCCUGGCUCAACAUAAUGAGUCCCCGAGCCAGGGUGUGACAGUACCCCCCCCUAAAGACGCGGACUGCGACCGCGCCUAAAUAAGAGCAAAAACAGGGGAGGGCUGGGUGGGCAUUCCUCCUCGGCGGCGGCUCCGGCUCCGGGCUUGACCCCCACUCCUUCUCGAACCCCCCAAAGUACCCCUGGUCCGGUCUGGCCCUGCUGGCCGGAGCUGGACUGAACACUGGUGGAGCGGAUUGCUCUAGCUCCGACGUGAAGCCUCUGACCGGUGCCGGACCAGCCACCGGUGGAACAGGCACGGGCCGUGCCGGACUGACGACGCACACCACUGGCUUGGUGUGGGGAGCAGGAGCGGGCCGAGCCGGGCCGUCGAAGCGCACCCCCGACCUGGUGCGGGGAACAGGCACGGGCCGUGCCGGACUGACGACGCACACCACAGGUUUGGUGCGGGGAGCAGGAACAGGCCGGGCCGGGCUGGCGACGCGCACCACAGGUUUGGUGCGGGGAGCAGGAACAGGCCGGGCCGGGCUGGCGACGCGCACCACAGACUUGGUGCGGAGAGCAGGAACGGGCCGGACCGGGCUGGCGACGCGUACCACAGGUUUGGUGCAGGGAGCAGGAACAGGCCGGGCCGGGCUGGCGACGCGCACCACAGACUCGAUGCGGGAAGCAGGAACAGGCCGGGCCGGGCUGACGACACGCACCACAGGCUCGAUGCGAGGAACAGGAACAGGCCGGACCGUACUGGGGACACACACCACUGGCCCUACGCAGGGAUCAGGAACGGGCCGGACCGGACUGGUAACACACCCCAGUACCUCUCGCCGUGCCUCCACACUUUCCCUCUCCUCUGUGACCAGUGGCCCCCUUAACCUGGCGGCCUCCUCUUCACACCCGCUGGACCGCUCCAUCGCGGCCUCCUGCUGCCCCGUCGUCCACGUCGUGAGCCCCCCCCCCUAAAAUUUUUCUGGGGUUCUCUCCUCCCCGUGGACCAGGCCUCCCUAGCUCUCGCCACUCUCGAUCCAUUGCUUCAUAGACCAGCCUCUCUCCUCUUCACUUAGCGUGGCCCAGCCGAAACUCCUACUCCCCUGAUCCAAGGUCCUUCCUCUCUCCUCUUCACGCUGCUUGGUCUGGUUUAGGUGGGAUUUUCUGUCACGAUCGUCUAAUGAGGGAGACCAAGGCGCAGCGUUGCGAGUGAACAUAUUCUAUUUAUUUAAAUGAUCACACGAACCAAAACAAAUAAACAACGAAUGCGUGACGUCUAUGGUACAACACGAACACACACGAACAAAAUCCCACAACCCGAAAGAAAAACAGACAGAUUAAAUAUGGCUCCCAAUCAGAGACAACCAGCCGACAGCUGACACUCGUUGCCUCUGAUUGGGAGUCACACCGGCAAACAUAGAAAAUAGACAACCUAGAACACCCACCAAAGAAACGGAAAACAUAGAAUGAACACACCCUGGCUCAACAUAAUGAGUCCCCGAGCCAGGGUGUGACAGUUUUACUGUGGAUAUAGAUAAUUUUGUACCUGUUUCCUCCAGCAUCUUCACGAGGUCCUUUGCUGUUGUUCUGGGAUUGAUUUGCACUUUUCACACCAAAGUAUGUUCAUCUCUAGGAGACAGAACCUGGAAGCUGUCCUGAGUGGUAUGAUGGCUGCGUGGUCCCAUGGUGUUUAUACUUGCGUACUAUUGUUUGUACAGAUGAACGUGGUACCUUCAGGCGUUUGGAAAUUGCUCCCAAGGAUGAACCAGACUUGUGGAGGUCUACAAUUUUUAUUGGCUGAUAUCUUUUGAUUUUCCCAUGAUGUCAAGCAAAGAGGCACUGAGUUUGAAGGUAGGCCUUGAAAUACAUCCACAGGUACACCUCCAAUUGACUCAAAUGAUGUCAAUUUGCCUAUCAGAAGCUUUUAAAGCCAUGACAUCAUUUUCUGGAAUUUUCCAAGCUGUUUAAAGGCACAGUCAACUUAGUGUAUGUAAACUUCUGACCCACUGGAAUUGUGAUACAGUGAAUUAUAAGUGAAAUAAUCUGUCUGUAAACAAUUGUUGGAAAAAUUACUUGUGUCAUGCACAAAGUAGAUGUCCUAACCGACUUGCCAAAAUUAUAGUUUGUUAACAAGAAUUUGUGGAGUGGUUGAAAAACGAGUUUUAAUGACUCCAACCUAAGUGUAUGUAAACUUCCGACUUCAACUGUACAUAUGCAUAGGCCUAUAUAGUGCAUGAGCCCAAGCCUGAAAAAUAGUAUUUGAUCCCCUGCUGAUUUUGUACGUUUGCCCACUGACAAAGACAUGAUCAGUCUAUAAUUUUAAUGGUAGGUUUAUUUGAACAGUGAGAGACAGAAUAACAACAACAAAAAUCCAGAAAAACGCAUGUCACAAAUGUUAUAAAUUGAUUUGCAUUUUAAUGAGGGAAAUAAGUAUUUGACCCCUCUGCAAAACAUUACUUAGUACUUGGUGGCAAAACCCUUGUUGGCAAUCACAGAGGUCAGACGUUUCUUGUAGUUGGCCACCAGGUUUGCACACAUCUCAGGAGGGAUUUUGUCCCACUCCUCUUUGCAGAUCUUCUCCAAGUCAUUAAGGUUUCGAGCCUGACGUUUGGCAACUCGAACCUUCAGCUCCCUCCACAGAUUUUCUAUGGGAUUAAGGUCUGGAGACUGGCUAGGCCACUCCAGGACCUUAAUGUGUUUCUUCUUGAGCCACUCCUUUGUUGCCUUGGCCGUGUGUUUUGGGUCAUUGUCAUGCUGGAAUACCCAUCCACGACCCAUUUUCAAUGCCCUGGCUGAGGGAAGGAGGUUCUCACCCAAGAUUUGAAGGUACAUGUUGUCUUUGUCAGUGGGCAAACGUACAAAAUCAGCAGGGGAUCAAAUACUUUUUUCCCUCACUGUACAUAUCCUACCGCAUAUUACGCACAGCAGAAAAACAUUAAAACUGAUUUAAGAUGUCUUUAAUUGGUCCAAAAUUUUAAAAAAUUCUAGUAAUCUGGACUGUAAUCUGGACUGUAUUAUUAUGCAUACUGGAUGGACUGGUUACCUUAUGCUACGCUCCAAACUUUCUAUUCAUGAGUCUGGGAGAGAACGUACAGGCCAAGGCAAUGCUGUUGAUUCAUUGAUUGUGCAGGGCGGCUAAGUCUACAAUUAUAGGGAAUUUGUAUUUGAUUUUGAAUAGCCUAGUAAUAGGGAAUUUUUUAUAUUUUUUAUAAUUAAUAGGCUGACACAUUACCUUUAGCUACAUCUUUUUUCAAAUGGAUAAAGUUUCAAGGUUCAAUUGAUUUGUCAUACAGUAUGUAUAAAAUACACUGAACAAAAAUAUAAAUGCAACAUGCAACAAUUUCAAAGAUUUUACUGAGUUACAGUUCAUAUAAGGAAAUCAGUCAGUUGAAAUAAAUUCAUUAGGCCCUAAUCUAUGAAUUUCACAUGACUGGGAAUACAGAUAUGCAUCUGUUGGUACCUUUAAAAAGAAAGGUAGGGGUGUGGAUCAGAAAACCAGUCAGUAUCUGAUGUGACCACCAUUUAACCAUUUGCCUCAUGCAGCGCAACACAUCUUUGCAUAGAGUUGAUCAGGCUGUUGAAUGUGGCCUGUGGAAUGUUGUCCCACUCCUCUUCAAUUGCUGUGCGAAGUUGCUGGAUAUUGGCGGAAACUGGAACAUGUUGUGUACAUGUCGAUCCAGAUCAUCCCAACAUGCUCAACGCCAGGGUUGUGGGUUUGAUUCCCACGGGGGGCCAGUAUAAAAAAUAAAUUAAAAAAAUAUGUAUUCACUAAACUGUAAGUCGCUCUGGAUAAGAGCGUCUGCUAAAUGACUAAAAUGUAAAUGUAAUGGUAACAUGUCUGGUGAGUAUGCAGGCCAUGGAAGAACUGGGACAUUUUCAGCUUCCAGGAAUUGUGUACCGAUCCUUGCUACAUGGGGCCAUGCAUGAUCAUGCUGAAACAUGAGGUGAUGGCAGCUUAUGAAUGGCACGACAACGGGCCUCAGGACCUCGUCACGGUAUCUCUGUACAUUCAAAUUGCCAUUGAUCAAAUGUGAUUGUGUUCGUUGUUUAUGCCUGCCCAUACCAUAACCUACCAUGGGGCACGGUGGUGAGAUAUUUAGCUACAGAAUUAUUAUUAUUAUUCUUUAAUUUUGUUGUCAUUUAGCAGACGCUCUUAUCUAGAGCGACUUACAGUUAGUGCAUACAUGUUUUUUUGUGUUUUGUUUUUUCCAUACUGGCCCCCCGUGGGAAUCAAACCCACAACCCUGGCGUUGCAAGCGCCAUGCUCUACCAACUGAGCUACAUCUCACCACCAUGCGUUUCCAUCUCCUCCCCUUUCUCCUUCAUUACUUUCUCAAGCACGCAGAGAGAGGAGCUGUCAACAGUUUAAUGAAAUAUGUUUUUUUGUGAAAACAUGUUACUUCUGAUGUUCCAGGACAGAUUUCACUUGGUUUCCCAAAUUAAGCACUUGGUAGCUGCGGGAACAGGUUUGGAGAGCCCAUGGCAUACAGAGUUUAGGCAGAAUAUCACCUGUCGCGCAGCGAGAGGCUCCAUGCUCCUCAAACAGUGGUUGAUGCUUGGAGUGAAAUAACCGGAGUAGCCUACCCGAACGAACAGGCGGGAAAGGGGCUUCCAUUCACUAUUCGAGUGCAUAGGCAGAUGAAAUGUCUUUUUUCCCCCUGCCCCUUUCCCUGCCCAUUUGAUAAUGGGCCAUUCUAAAUCGAAACUAAUUUAACAUAUUAGUAAAGACAAUAUUAAAUUGAGCAUAGUCUGGUGCCUGAUAAUAUGAGCACUUGAUGAGAGAACAGUGUGUGCGGCCUGAGGCAAGAAACAGAGCGCAAGCUUUUUUUGCGACUUUCUCAAAUCAUCAAUAGCCUAUAGUCGCAUCAUGCAGCCCAUAUAUGUUUUGAUUUCUAAUACAUUCUAAGGUUUCAAUCAUUACUCUAAAUCUAUCAUAGCCUGUAGGACCUGUUUCAAAUUAUCACUUUUACACUCAAUAUAGCCUUCAUAUGCGCACUCGCUCUGGAAUGGGAAAAAUAUCCUUUCUAUUUUAUUCAGCUAACAUCAUCAUCAAUUAUAAAAUCAUAUAAUAUAAAAUAAUGACACAGGAUUUAUAAGCAUAUCUUGUCUGCUAGAUGAAAAAGCCAACAGCCUAUGGCAUGCCACAUAGCCAGAUAACAUACAGUAAUAGGCCAACUCAUAUUCUGUACAUCUGAAAUACAUUUUCUUCAUAUCAUAAUGUUUCUUUAGACCUACCUAAAAUAAAUUAUGAAUUUAUUGUUAUGGUGUAUAUUAAACUGAUUUAUUAGACUUGUUAAAAUGUGAGAUGUUCCAAAGGCAUGCAUCAACAAUUUGUAUGUGUUGAGGCCUGGAGAUGCUAAACGUGUUUAUGUUAAUUAAUGGUCAAUUACCAUGAGACCAGCAGUCUUUUGCAUGACAGUAACCGGCUGACAAAAUGUCAUGACCGCCACAGCCCUAGUUGUGCAAACCCACAGUUUCAUCAGCUGUCCGGGUAGCUGGUCUCAGACAAUCCCACAGGUGAAGAAGCCGGAUGUGGAGGUCCUGAGCUGGCAUGGUUACACAUGGUCUUCAGUUGUGAGGCUGGUUGGCGUACUGCCAAAUUCUUUAAAAUGACAUUGGAGGCGGGUUAUGGUAGAGAAAUGAACAUUAAAUUCUCUGGCAACAGCUCUGGUGGACAUUCCUGCAGUCAGCAUGCCAAUUGCACUCUCCCUCAAAACUUGAGACAUCUGUGGCAUUGUGUUGUGUGACAAAACUGCACAUUUUAGAGUGGACUUUUAUUGUCCCAAGCACAAGUUACACCUGUGUAAUGAUCAUGCUGUUUAAUCUGCUUCUUGAUAUGCCACACCUGUCAGGUGGAUGGAUUAUCUUGGCAAAGUAGAAAUGUUCACUAACAGGGAUGUAAAAACAUUUGUGCCCAACAUUUUAGAGAAAUAAUAUUGUUUGUGCGAUCUUUUAUUUCAGCUCAUGAAACAUGGGACCAACACAUCACAUGUUGUGUUUAUAUUUUUGUUCAGUGUACAAUGCUUAGUCACUGAGCGAUGCAUUUGAAAAGGUAAGGGUUGCGUCCCAAAUGGCAUCCUAUUCCCUACUAUAUAGUGCACUACUUUUGACCAGAGCCCAAUGGACCCUGCUAGGGAAUGGCUUUUGAAAGAUUUUUUUCCAAUUCCACAUUCAGACGUGUGUGUGUGUUUAAACUUGUGUUUGCUUUAGGCAGUUUCCCUUGUCAAUGUCCAUGUGUUAUAAAGAGAGACAACGUUAACCCCAUACAAGGUAUGCAUAGCAGCGAGGACUUGGGGAUGGGAUACAUUGUGUUGCUCUUAGCUAUUGACAGUACUAUAAUACAGACCGGCUCUACUCUGGCUCGGAGCUGUGUAUCCUAACUUAUCUCCAAUUUACGACGAUCCCAGUCUGGUCUAUUUUUGUUGGUGCACGGCGGACAGAGUGCAGUCACUCACAGCGUUGCUUUGAUCUGGAAGAAACAGAGGCAGACUUGUGUCUGCUUAGUGCUCAUUGUCCCUGGCUUAGGGACAGCUCCUGUGGAUUCAAACCCAGCAGCACACCCAGCAUGUCAUGUGGAGUACUUGGUCAUAAAAGUGAGAUGAGGUGUCUGUGUAUAGAAGCCCUCAGCCACGUUGAUUUAUAGGAAAGUAGUUACAGAUGCGGUCAAAUAUAUUGGCACCCUUGCACUUUACAAUGGAGUGCAAUGGAGCAGAAUGUUAUUUUUUCUCUUUUUUAAAACUGGUUGAAUGGUUAUUUUUGCCCAGUAGGCACCUUCAACUUACCACAGGUGAGGUAAAUUACACAGUAAACGAGAUAACUUGCUUCUAACCAAAUUAAUAUGAAUUUUGAAUAAUUAAUCCAGACCAUUUUAUGUCUUUAAAGUGAAAAAUCCAAAUUUCAGUUCAGAUAAUUUUUUGGGGGGGUCCUGUGCAGUUGUAAAUCAAAUAAAUAGACGUGUGAACACAAUUAUUAUUUUUUAAACUUAUUUUAUAAGAAAUCGUGCUAGGGUGCCAAUAUAUUUGACCGCAUCUGUGUAUGUCUCUUGUAAUCGCUCCUGUAGAGGUGAAUGUGUGUGUGUUUGUGUGUGUGUGUGUGAUUGUGUGUGUGCGUGCCCGCGUCACCCCUGUAGAGGGAAUUCAACCCACGCUAAGUUUAUCAGCUUUGUUUUAAAGGCACUCAAAUGAAGCCAAGUAGCCAACACUCCAAACACAAUGAAGCACAGAUUCAGAGAUAUCCUUGGACAACAUUCAUAUUUAUCCCCAGUUUGUCCGUAAAUGGUAUGCCUGGUAUGCCAACCGUUCCAGUUAGUUGAUUUGUUCACUGACUGAGGUCUGUGCUCUCUGCUCCAGUCCAGCUACUUCUUUUCCAUGCAGGGAUUGUUAGUUUAGAUUCCAUUUGCUGUGUCUGAGUGGCCCAUUAUUCACUCCGUGUUAUAUUAUGGGAAUGAGAUACUUGUAAACUCAAGCACUGCAGUCAAAUAUGCCUUAUUGAUAUACAGUACAGCUUUCAUGUAAGUCACCAUGAAGCCCUGGGAGAUUAUGUUUCCCUGGGCACAGUAAGUCUGUUUAUCCUACAUGGCAAUCCAGUUGCUUUGUCGUGACCUGUGUCUAAGGUGACUACACAGGUGCCUGAACUGCUCAGUUGCCCAUGAACCAGAAGACAAAACGCCCUGUUGAUUGCACAGAUUCAAUUCUAACCUUAUGUCCAUUCUGUUCACUCCAACGCCAGUUGUGCCUUAUAAGAUUUGUGUUGGUUUCCCAUCUCUACAAGCCCUAAGUAGAGUGUUUUGGCUAUAUCUUUAUAACUGGCUAUAUCCCAAUCAAAAAAAGAUAAUGCUGGUUCUGAUUAUAGACUGCCAAUUGGCCUGGAGAACAAGAUAAUGUGUACUUUCUGGGAGUACUAAGACUAGGCAUUGGUAAUGAUGAAGAUCAGACAGACACCCUGCUAAGCUCAGCUCUGUACACUUGGCCAAGUUUGUAUUUCUUUCUCCUUGGACUGUGUUGUGGAAAGAGGGCCUGUGCAUUGGCUGUGGUUUGGCCAGACUGGUACUUAUCUCUGAGUUAUCCGUGCUCUAUCUGUAUUGCCUCAGAGAGUGAUAGAGUUCAUAUUUCCACUAAACCUGGCAGGCACCUGUCGAACUGACCAGAGACUUUGCGAUUGUUGUUUACAUCAUUUUGGAACCACAGACACAAGCAGCGCAAUUUAUUAUUCGUUGUUGUUGUUUUCAUGUUGAUAUCCACCGACAGUUAAAUAAAACGUUCCUGGCAGUUUGGCUGUGAACUCUGGUCUCUACUGAUUGAGCUAGCCUACAUUUUAAUUGAAAAAGCAUUAUUCUCUUAGCACACUGACCUAAGCCCUCGCUCUCCAUUAUCUAAUUUCAGAUAAUUACCCUUUGAAAUGUGGCCAUUGUUUGAAGGGUAUCAACUGCCUGAUAGUAGAACAGAGACCGUUCUGGUCUGAUAUUAUUCUAUUGUUUUCAACGCUUCAGUAUAUUAUAUUUUGUUUUGAGGGUGUUAUAUAGGCCUAGUAGUGCAAGACAAAAUAUAUUUGACAACCUACUGUGCGAAAUUAAAGGUCUGAUCAGGCACUAUGAAGAUCUAAAGUUGCACUCAUAUACUGAAAUAGAACAUUAUCUCUAUGACAGUCAUUAGUAUAUUUUCAGUGGAGAGGAUGGAACAUCUUAACUACUGUUCUAUCUGGGGGAUGGAGAUUCGCUAACGAGCCGCCUAGCGCCCCAAAGCCAUAGGGCAAAGAGUCUGAUUCAAUUAACCCAUCUAAAACCACAUGUACAGCUAUCACAAGUGGCUAAUUCAACAGGUAUAUUACAGGCUUCAAUUGGCUCAACAGCCCAAAUAGCUCAUUUAGCUAAUUUCCAAAUGAUUGUGAUUGUUUUCCCCCUGACUGAUCCACAGAUUGCUUAUUAUAGCCAAGCUUAAUUUUACAAUGUAUUUAUUGUUGAAGUGGCCAUGGUCUGUUAGGAUAAUUUAAAAAAUUCAGUGCAACCUUUGUCAAUUGAAAUGUUUUCAGCCAUAUUGCUUGUAAACAGGGGACAGAAAUUGCAGGCACCACUGGGUAGGCACCUGCAAGGCCAGAGCACUCAGUCUGCCACAGCUGCAACUGAGAGUGUGUGUGUGUGCAACACACUACUGCAACACAUCCCAUCCCAUUCAUUCACCUCUUCACCGCUCCACUGAGUGUUCUAGGUCAAGUAUGGCCAUUAGAACAGAGAAUACCUCAUCCACUGUCAGUCCACUGUCAGUGCAUAUCAUGAGUGUAUUCUGGGGUCACUAGCUAGCAUUAGAUCCCUAUAAUUCACUAUGGCUAGAGUUAGCUCAUAGCCUCAUGCUGUAUGCCAGAGACACAGAUGUAGGUCAUGACCUCAGAUGUAAGCAGAUGUUAUGUGGUCUGUGUUGAUCCUCAGAGGCCCCUUGUAGUUUAUGUCAUGUUGAGAAGAUGGCUAGCAAAAAACACCAGUUUUGAUCAUGUUAACUUGGUGGUCAGUCAUCACUUAUUCAUAACACCAUACUUACUAGGUCACAUAUACAAUGGUUAAAGCUGUAUAGCAAAAACAGGUUCACUGAUGAACAUUUAACAUUCUUUGGCGCUACCAAAAUGGGUCAGUUCAUUCUAUCAACCGUUUACAGCUAUAGGAGCUGAAAUGCAUGAAAGUGGGAAAACAAAACAACAAUUUUCAUAAUCAUAUGACUAUACCCUGCCUGCAGACAUUUGUCUUUUUAGACUAGGCUACAGUAUAUCUGUUCUCUCUGUCUCUCUCUGUAUCUUUAGAAGGAGAAGAAGAUGACUUUAUUCAUCAACAUACACAUAAUUAUGCUUUAUCCUAACCCCUCUGAAAGAGAACCAAACACACAUAGGUUGUAGAGGUUAAUGCAAAGUGUUAGUGUUGGUAUCCGUUGCACCAAAGGGCAGUUUGUGUAUGGUAGGGUAGAAGGUAGGGUGUUUCCGUGUGGACGGCUGCCCUAAAUCUAAACCCCACUCUCCCCUCCUCCCCCCGCCUCCCCCCACCUCCUCCACCCUGUUAGUUGUGCAUCUGUAGGGAAGCUGGCUGGCUGGGAGCCCUUUGGCCCAGUGUUACAUAAGCCUGAGCCCAGCUGAGCCUCACAGGACAGACUGCAGCCUUUAUGCUGCCAUACUUCCCUGCACCACAGAGCACAGCAGAGCACAACUCAACUUAAUGACGUCAGCCACACAGAGGCUGUGUCCCUGAGCCCUGGUCAAAAGUAAUGCACUACAUAGGGAAUAGGGUGCCAUUUGGGAUGUACAGACAAAACAGAGGCUCCUAUUGACAAGACUGUUGAGUCGUGUAGAAGAAAACAUGUAUAUAUUUUAACUGGAACAUAAUCACAUGUUGUUUUGUUCCCCCAGCUCCAACCUAGACUCAUUCUUUCUAACACCAUCUGUCCUCACAAGGUGAGCCCUAGAAUGCACCUGACUAUGGACGACUCCAUGCCAGAUGAUAAAUCAGGUUUCUCUGGUUGUGCUUGGAGUAGUACUCUAUGGGCCAGUUUCCUGGACACAGAUUAAUGCUUUUUAGUUCAGGACCAGGCUUCCCUGAGAGCUCGCACGAAGAUUAUAAACUGCGUAUUUUGGGUCCUGGAUGCUGAUUGGCUGAAACAGCAUUUCACGGUUAUUACAAACAAAUAACUUUUUACUGUUCUAAUUAUGUUGGUAACCAGUUUAUAAUAGCAAUAAGGCAUGGCAGUAGAAUAAAUGUUUCGGACUCAUAUCGAUGCCACAUAGGCUGUUUUCUAAAUGAGAAGUUGUUUUUUAGAGGCAGUUGCUCUUUAAUAAUAAGGCAUGGGGGGGGUGGUAUAUGGCCAAUAUACCACAGCUAAGGGCUGUAUCCAGGCACUCCACUUUGCGUCGUGCUUAAGAACAGCCCUUAGCCGUGGUACAGUAUAUUGGCCAUAAACCACACCCCCUCAUGCCUUAUUAUUAAAGAGCAACUGCCUCUAAAAAACAACUUCUCAUUUAGAAAACAGCCUAUGUGGCAUCGAUACGAGUCCGAAACAUUUAUUCUACUGUCAUAGUUGACUACAAAGUGUAAAUAGUUAAAUGUUUGUCAUAAAGUCAGUAUCCUCCAAAACAGAGUUUUGUGAGACUUGUGGUCAUGACUGCAUCGCAACAUAACUGCAUCGCAGCUGCACGUGACCCAAUUGUAAUGCCUGUGGUAAACUUUGGAUAUCCCUAUGUGGCUAGUUAGGGAACAUCGGUAAAUUACACAAUGUACAUGGGACAAUAUGUUCAAAUUCCAAUAGCUCCAAAUUCCAAUGACUUAGAAACGUCAAACCAACUAUAAAUUGUAGAAAUUCAUACACAAAUAUUGAAAGCAUUUCAUGAGAAAACUAAAAGGUGUGCAACAUGAAUAUUGUCUCCAUUACUUUGUGUAAUUUAUUGAUGGUCCCUAAAUAGCCCCAGAGAUAGGCUAUCCAAAGUCAAACCAAUUUUGCCACGUUGCACACCAGCCAGCAGAAGCUAAUUGGCGAAAUAAUAUGGCUAACUCUUCCCACCUGUGAACACACACAAGAGACACCCACAUCAAACCACACCCCGAAACUAACUCACGUUUGAAUUCAGUCAUGGCUGCUAGCAUUUCUUAAUUAACCAAAUCUACAACGAGGCCAAAUCAGGAAGUGCAGUCGCCCUUUAACUAUCUGUCUGUAAGUGAGUGAGAGGAGGUGAUCGGCUUGGGAGCUUUUACAAGUUUCUUAUUUACACAGGGGUCUGACCUCAGUUGUUGAGGCUGGUGUGUCCUCAUCUCACAUUUUCAGUCACUGUGAAAUUUCCCUGUGAAGAAUAGUCAGUUUGAAAGCUUUUUCUGUGACCUGUUACCUCAGUUUGAGUUGGAGCGAGCCGUCACUCUCGUGGUCCUCUGUAGCUCAGCUGGUAGAGCACGGCGCUUGUAACGCCAAGGUAGUGGGUUCGAUCCCCGGGACCACCCAAAAAAUACACAAAAAAAUGUAUGCACGCAUGACUGUAAGUCGCUUUGGAUAAAAGCGUCUGCUAAAUGGCAUAUUAUUAUUAUUAUUAUUAUUCUAAAAUAUGCUUGACGCAGGCAUAACUCAACUUGAAGGCCACUGCGUUUACAUAUACUUUGAAAUUACACAAACAAAAAUACACCUUCUUAGUCAUAGUGACAAAAUUACACUGAAUUGUUGCAUAUGUUGAAAUAGGCCUACAAAAAAAAAAGCCUGCCAAAAGCCUAAAGUGGCAAACGCCCACUACACGCAGAGAGAUGAUUGCUCAUUUGAAUAGACUAAUUACUACAAGGCCAGUGACAUUCAUUAGCCAACCCCUGGAUGUUCACUGUCAGUAUUUGGGGAUGGUGUCUCCUAGCAACACAGUGAUUUGAUUUCUCUCCCAUCCUGGUCAUCUAUUAUUUAGAUUUUAUUGAACCUUUUAUUUAACCAGGCAAGUCAGUUAUGACAGCCUUGUUUACAAUGAUGGCCUUUUUACAAUGACGGCAUAGCCAUCGGUAGUUGUAUAUUUGACCUUUGAUUUGUUUGGCCUUUUGAUUUGUAGGAUAAUGAUUUGGAGGUAAUCAGUGGCAGCCUGGACAUAUUGUGGCAUUAGGUGGGAGUACCAGCCAGGUAUGACAUCAUAGAAGGAUGACUGUAAAGGGUUUAUUUGUGUGGCAGCAGGUUGAUCCUGGACUGGCCUGAGAUUAGUCCUGUUGGUGAGAUCGGUACUGGGCUUGUAUUCACAAAGAGUCUCAGAGUCGGAGUGCUGAUCUAGGAUCAGGUCCCCCUCUUUCCAUAUAAUAUUAGUCAUUAUGAUCUAAAAGUUUAAAGAACCACUGAACACUCUGAUUGGUACAUGUGUUUUUCUGUUGCUCUUUAGAAAUGUCAGUCUUGGAGGUGUGUUUCCCGUUUGGUUAAUGAUGUUUGUCCCCCAUGAGACACUAGACGCAGAAGCCUAUUUCACUUCCUCAAAAUCCCCAGAAUGAAACUAAGAUAACUCAACAAAUCGUCAAUAAAUGUUUAUGUUUUUGCAGAGGAUGUUUUAGUUGCGCAAUUUUACAUCUAACUAAGAUGUUUGCUGUUGAGCAGGUCUUACGAACAAUCACCACAGCUGUUCACCCCAUGUUAGUGGGCAAAUGGACAUCAUCAAGUCAAACCCAACCUUAAUUUACCCAUUGUGACGCAUGGAUGUUCCAAACUCCAUUUUAGACUAGAUUGACUUUACGACCAAAAUCAUCCUAUUUACACUUUGUAGUACAUUUUGACACUACAAUAACUAUUUUUGACUCAUAUUGAUGCCACAUAGGCUGUUUUCAAAGAGAUGUGUUGCUUUUUAAAGGUAGCCGCUCUUUAAACUGAUCCUAAAUCAGCACUCCUUCUUUAAGACUCUUUGUGAAUGCAGGACCGGAUGAUGAUGGUGACUGAGCCUCAUAUUCAGGGCUGCCAAACAGUAGAGGAGAGGUAUAGGACCUGGGUGAGGACUUAUUCCAUAUGAGAUCCAACAUCGGUCUAUGGCUGAUUUACUUCUAAUGGAGCGAGACUGAGAGGGGGAAGGGUUAACGAUGGAGAGAUGGGAAGAACAGAGCAGAGGGAGAGAUGCUGAAGGUAGAAGGUAAUAAAGGCGAUUUGUGUUAGGGCAGAAAAUAUACAAUUCCGGCUUGUUUAUAUAAUCCAACCUUGAAAGUGCCCAAUUGAAACUUCUUGAUUCCUCUGAUCUUUGUAUUUUAAACCUCUAGACAUUCCUGCUCUCCCGCAGAGACACAGUCUGCCCAUGUACUGAACCUGUGGCUGAAGACAAAGGCUAUGGCUUGAGUCAUUACAUUUGACAUGAUUGAAUUAUUGACCAACCUGAAAACCAAAGUGUCAGAUGCAUUGUGGCUUGUCUUCCAGGUUGCGGUGAGGAAGGAGGCAUUGAGCACUUAGCUUGUUCUCUUCUCAAGGUGGUUACCUUGGUGUUGCUUGCUGAGACUAAACUACUCUAUUUUCAUGCAGCCUGUUGGAGGUCUGUCAGAGGCAGGGGACAGAGCCAUAUGUCACCCCUGCCUAUUAUAUGUCACCUCUUCCUAUUGACUGGAUGCCCUUGGGACACAUGCAUUCAUCCCCUAACCCCAGGCCUGUCAUGUCACCCUGCUCCUCUGCUCAGACAGAGCUUUCUGGAGAGAUCAGUUUCCUAGCUGCUCAUAGCUCCACCGAUAGGCCCUGGUGGUCUGUAACCAUAACCCAACACAUCAUUCAUGUCAAGUGGAUAUACUGUGUCUGUGACCAAUACAUUAUUACUACUAUGAGCUGUGUUCUUCUGAGGUACAGGGUGGAACAUAUUGGGGUCAUCCUGGGAGACAAGGGAGAUGUUUCUCACAUAUCGUUUUGUAAUACCAGACCAGUAGACAAUGGGACACCCAGUGUGUGUUGGUAGCCUACACCUAUAUUUGCAAAACUGUCCUCCUCCUAUCAGUGUGAUGUAUCUGAAGACUUAAGGGUUGCAUGAUGGAAUUCUCAUUCCCCAUCCUGGGUUUUUGAUACUGAUCAUGAUGACCAAAGGGAAUUCUACCAAGGUGUUGCCUUUCUUUUCGUUUGGUGAAGGUAUUAUUUCAUAGUGAAUAUACAGUAUCUGCCUUCUUUUAACAAAUACAUGUGUUUAUUAUUAGGGUCCCAAUGUAUGGGAGGAAAUUGGAUUUGAGUGCUAGCUGUUGACAUCAAACGCUCCAGAGCCCACUGUGCCCCAUGUGGCUGGUGUUUGCAAAGGGGUCUAUAUUUGGAAUGGCUUUGAGUCUCUCUUCUCUUCUUUUUUGAAGUGGGGAGGGAGAUGAACAAUUUAAAAUGCUUUUUCUUCUGUUCCGUUGGUUGGUGGUGGUGGGCGCACCAACCUUUCUUCUUCAAAGGUGUGAGUCAGAAUUCGACAUUUAUGACUCAACGGGCUCAGCUGCCAUCUCCUGUGUCGCAUGGCAUGAGCAUUUAAAAUGAGCAUUCAGUACCCAUAGGAGAACAGCUCCAUUUAAAAGCUAAGCUAUAGUUUGGCACACAAGACUGUUUAGUACUACAGUAAAGUAUUACAUUGAUAUUGUAAUCCCCUUAGCCCCCAAUCCUCUGGCCAGGAUUCAAUCAAUUGCAGAUAGUGAACUUUUAAAUACUGUAGCUCUUUCAGAAAUACCUUUGAUUUACGUUUAUGUUCCAGUUGACACUUGAAUUGGGGAUAGUGUCUCCUAAAUUGUCAGUGUGGUUGCGUGCACUGCAUGACUUCAGAACCUGGUUCCCUGUCAGAACUGAAUGGGUCACGCAAUGGGUCUGCAAGUGUCAACUUCCUUCCUCUGUCCGGAUUACACUGCUGUGAAAAUCAAACACAGUUAUUCAGGAAGUCUGUUAUUGAUUGGAUCCUGACCUUCAGGCCUCCAUUGCUGUUGUCUCGUCGUUGAUUUCAUAACGGAUCACAUGAAGAAGCGUUUGUUGAAAUGGGAACACAAGAUAGAGCUGUGAUUAUGAAGAAGUUCCUGGAGGAAAGAUACAAGUUAGGAUAGUGAUAUAACCAGGAACAGAAGUGCUUUGUAGUGUGUGUGUGUGUGUGUGUGUGUGUGUCUGUGUGUGUGUCUGUGUGUGUGUCUGUGUGUGUGUACGUUUUAUAAAGAAAUUGACUAAUUUUGCCUCAGUCUGAAGCAUUGCAGUGCUAAUGUAUUCAAGGUAAUUCAUUUACCCUCUCGUUGAAUUUACUGCGCUAGCUAAUGUAGAACAGGUCAAACUUGUGUCACAUUUUGAGAAAAGGCUUUUCCCCCAUUAUAAACAUUGCCUCAUAGAGAAUGCCCACCUUCUCUUUUCACUGUGACACCCCAUUAUGUCUGGCUCUACUUUGGAGAUACACUUAGCUACUGUCAGCCUGAAGAAGAGGAAUGUCAUUAUCUUCUGAAUAUCAUCAUCCAUUCCCAGGUGGGUAAAAUGUUCCUGGAGAUAUUCUUCACUCUCAGAGUUAGUUUGGACCAACAUGAUUAGGGCCCAGUAAUUCUAAGUAAUCGUCAGUUGAAAACUGUUGCUCACCGUCACAAAAAGUGAAACGUUUGGAUUCUUAGAGCCUUCCCGCUUAUCAUCACAUGGACUGAAUCAGAUGUUUCAAUAGGAUAUCUGAUGGGGCUUUUGGUAAAUGAAAAAUGUCCGAUUCCUGCACGUUUUCUUUUUUCUUUUCAAAUGACAUGUAUCUUAACCAACAAACGGCAGCACAUUUGCCUUGCACAUGAGAGCAUUAUAGGACAUUGUAGGACCGUAACAUGUGGCACCUCACAGUGCCGUGUGAUGCUGCUCACAAUAAGCAGCAAGCAGCCUGGCCUGCACAUGACUUGCAUUUAUUUUAGCACACAAUGCACUUCAUUGUGUUGACUUGUACCACACUAUAUAGGGAUUCACAUUUAGACCAUAUCAAACCAUUCUCCACUAAACAUUCUCAACCUGAUGACUGUCCUGUAAACGGGGGAAUUUAAAAUGAUUAUUAUGAUACAUCUUUUUGUGUGAUUUUUUGUGUGAUUUUUUAAAACAAUACAUAACAUACACAUACAAACAACAACAUACAGACUCACACCAACAUCCACAACAUCCACCCUGCCUAGACCCACCUGCUCACACCCCCAUCUCCAGCACCCGCAUCACUCUCCGCCACAUGGCCUCAAACUGCACCAUUUUGUUUCUCUCCAUCGCCCACGCACUUUCAACAUUUAGAUAAUAAAGCAUUUAACCUUUCCAUUGUGCUAACGAUGGAGGAUUACUUGAUUUCCAGUUUUUAAGUAUAUGUUUUUUCAAGAUGAUUGACGAGAAAAGUAUCUUCCAACCCAUCGGGUAUCUCACUGCAUCCUCAUAUGCCAUGUCUUGAAAUAUGCAAACUGAUGGAUUAAAAGUACAUUUACAUUGUAACAUUUCUGACAGUCAACAUUCUAACUCCGCCCAUAACUUUUGGACUUCAUAGCAUUCCCAGCAGGCAUGGAUUAUUGAGUCAUUGUUAGUUUUACACUAAAGACAUGACUCUGUCGUUGUGCUGUAGAAUUUGUGAGUUUUGUCCCUUGUGUAAUAAAUUCAAUACAUUAGUUUAUACUGGAUUAAGUUUAAAUUUUUGCUACCUGUAAUUUCAUUAGUUAUGUUCCAACAUUCCCUCCAUCUUGUACCCAUAUCAGUUAUUUUUAAGUCUUGGUUCCAAUAGGGCCAUUUUAAAUGUUGAUGCUAGAUGUUGUCACGUGUUGCCUAGCAUAAAUUGAAGGGGGUGGAGGUCAUAAUUACACAUGGGUCCUGGGAGUCCUACAUUUUCCACUUUUCAUAGAAUAUACUUGAGUUCACUGUAUGCAGAGUUACAGCAGUUUGUCAUCUGCUCAUUAUAAACCAUCUACGGUCUAGCUGUCGGUGAAACACACUACAUUUUCAAUGCCCCAGUGACAAAUGAAAUAAAAAAGGCAAUUUUCUCAAACUCAACACACCAAAUAAAGCUGUCAGCAGCGAUAUGCACUACGGCAUCUUGUCAUCAUGUCAGACAUGGCUGAUGAGUGUGACAACAGUUCCCCUCAGAGGCCCUGGCUGGAUCCUGGUGGGACGCUUGAUAUUGAGUUGUUUCUUCUCCUCAGCAGAGAAGCGCGACUCUCUCUCUCUCUCUCUCUCUCUCUCUCUCUCUCUCUGGAUGAUGGGUAGGUAAAUAUUGACACCAGUGCUGUCUUGCUCUGCAGGGUUUUAUGGCUCCUAGCCACUGGCUGAUAAUUAUUAAUCUCCCUCUAAAAUAAUGUUGCACCUAGAAAGGUACGCAGGUGAUCUAGUGCGCCGCUCGUUCCCUGGUUACUACAGACGCAAGAAACACGGAACACAGGACAGGACUCAAUUAGCAUGGCUUGGUAAACAGAAACACGACCACAGAAAAAUGUGUUUACACUGACACACUCCAUUAUUAUAGCGGUUAAAUACAGAAAUGGGUCAGUAGGAUUUGUAAUACCAUAUUUGUUUUUAAGUAAAAAUAGCCUGAAGACCAUAGUGAUUUAUAAUAGCCUGAAGACCAUAGUGAUUUAUAAUAGCCUGAAGACCAUAGUGAUUUAUAAUAGCCUGAAGACCAUAGUGAUUUAUAAUAGCCUGAAGACCAUAGUGAUUUAUAAUAGCCUGAAGACCAUAGUGAUUUAUAAUAGCCUGAAGACCAUAGUGAUUUAUAAUAGCCUGAAGACCAUAGUGAUUUAUAAUAGCCUGAAGACCAUAGUGAUUUAUAAUAGCCUGAAGACCAUAGUGAUUUAUAAUAGCCUGAAGACCAUAGUGAUUUAUAAUAGCCUGAAGACCAUAGUGAUUUAUAAUAGCCUGAAGACCAUAGUGAUUAUAAUAGCCUGAAGACCAUAGUGAUUUAUAAUAGCCUGAAGACCAUAGUGAUUUAUAAUAGCCUGAAGACCAUAGUGAUUUAUAAUAGCCUGAAGACCAUAGUGAUUUAUAAUAGCCUGAAGACCAUAGUGAUUUAUAAUAGCCUGAAGACCAUAGUGAUUUAUAAUAGCCUGAAGACCAUAGUGAUUUAUAAUAGCCUGAAGACCAUAGUGAUUUAUAAUAGCCUGAAGACCAUAGUGAUUUAUAAUAGCCUGAAGACCAUAGUGAUUUAUAAUAGCCUGAAGACCAUAGUGAUUUAUAAUAGCCUGAAGACCAUAGUGAUUUAUAAUAGCCUGAAGACCAUAGUGAUUUAUAAUAGCCUGAAGACCAUAGUGAUUUAUAAUAGCCUGAAGACCAUAGUGAUUUAUAAUAGCCUGAAGACCAUAGUGAUUUAUAAUAGCCUGAAGACCAUAGUGAUUUAUAAUAGCCUGAAGACCAUAUUGAUUGGAAAUGUUCACAGUGCAGAUGGUUAAUAGAACCAGACAUGGUGUUGGAGAGGACAUGACUGUUAUUUCAACAAAUGUUUUAUUAAAGGUUUAUAAGCUAUCUAUAAACUAAUGGUUUACAGUUGAUAAACUACUUAUAAACACUGUUUAAAGUAUAUUUCAAGUGUACUAGGAAUUAUCCUGGCCUUAUUCGAACAGGAGGAAAACAUGUUCUGAUGUCAGUGACAGUUCUGACAGCAACAGUUCUUUACUGAGCAAAUGAAAAACUGUUACCGCAGGUGUGUUAAAAUUUCUUCUUCCAGAUCCUAGGUCUAUUCCUUUUUUUCUGCUUGGUUGUAGUUAUUCUGAGUAAUGUGAGAUUUUUAUGUGGUGUUGCUGAGUGCUGCAGGAGACAUCCAUUAACUAGAAAGAGACAGUACCACACCGUGCAGGGCUUGACCUCUCCCGUGUUCACUCUGCUCUGCUCUGCAUGUACUACACACACACACACACAAAUACAGGGACAGGGAGGAAUAAUGUAAUGCACCUGGGGAGAGAUAGAUCCAUUAGGCAAACAGGGUUUGUUGUCUAGGGGGGGCUGUUCAGGGGUCUCAGUUGUGUACUUGUUUGGAUUACAGGCAGGCAGUAUUACAUCCACCUGCAACAUGCUCCACUACUCUCCCUGUAGACUCACAGUAAUAGGACUGGGACCUUGGUUGACUUCAAGUACUUCAAGUGGGAGUGGGUUUUUUACUGGAUUGCAAGGUUUGUUGAUGUAGCUGUCCUCGAGGAGGGAGGUAGAAAGCUAGGCUCUCUUAAAGAAGGUAUUGCUGUGUUCACUGUCAUCAUGAAGCUCAGCCAUUUUAGUGCAUUCGCCACCUUUGCCAGACAUUUAGGACAUCAACAGAACACGUUAAAAAGUCCAGAGUCUGGUAAGUGGAGUGACUUUUGUCAUCCUUUGUAGUCUGAGACCUCACUGGCUUCCUAAUAUGGUCGGACCAGGCCUGGGAAGGGAGUAUAAAUAGAGUAGGAUUGUUGUUUGGGAAUAUUUGCAUUGACCAGCUGGAAGCCUUCUCUGAUGCUCUGUUGUUUCCAUGGUAGUGCAGUGGGGCUGGAGAGGGGAUGCAAAUCCCUCAGCCUGGCCUUAGUCUGCCCUGGCUUCAGCAGCUGCCUUACUGACGCUACUGGCCUACUACUAAUGCAACUACUACUCUUUUAGGCUCGCUUAGAUAGCUCAGUAGUAGGGAAGGGCCUUUUUUGCCCUGUGCAACAUCCACAUGACCGUAUCUGCUGCUCAGAGCUGGUAACCUCCACCAAAGGUAUCUGCAUGCUUCCCAUCCGAAACAGUUCGUGAAUAUAUUAUGAUGACAUUUUGUGACAUUUUUGUUCGUUUUGGUCGUCGGCAAAGGUUUUUUCAGCUGUUCGUGCACACACAUUUUUUUCCUGAGGCAAGCCGAAGUUCAUUAACCGAAGUCUACGCCCCUUCGUCUGUGAUUGGUCAACAGUAGGGAUUCUUCAAUUAAGUGUAUGUUGUCAUUCAACGAGAGACGACUCAUUUUCAUGCAAAAAAAAAAAUAUGUGAGAAAUACUGCACCUAACAUCUUAGUUAGAUGUAAAAUUGCGCGACGAAGACGUCCUUGGCAAAAACAUCAAAAUGUAUUACAGAUUUCUUGACUUAUCUUCUGACUAUUUUGAGGAAGUGUACAGUAUACUGGCUACAGCGUCUCAAGAGGGACAAACAGUAGCUGGGGUUCAACCAGUUGACCUGUAGACUGUCAUUAUGUAGUUAUGUAGUUAUAUAAUGGUCAGGGGUCAAUGCAGCUCCACAAAGCUUUUAAUACACUUUCCUGUUUAGAGUAGAAAAACACAUCAACCUCUUCUGGGUCUCUGUGGGAGAAUCUCAAUCGCAUACUCCUCAUGUCCUCUCUCCUCGACUCCUCAAAACCCAUUGGAGGAGAAGGUCAGAGGGGAGGGACCUCUGGCUUUAUCAUCCAAUGGGUUUUGAGAAGGAGGCGAGGAGAGAGGACGCGAGGAGUAUGCGAUUGAGAUUCUCCUAUUCUCUUGUCUCCCAUCUCCUCAUCUCUGUUUCUCGCUCUGUGUGUAUUUUCUUUUUCUUUCUCCACAGUGCUAACUCUCUCUCUCUCUCUCGCUCGCUCUUUUCUUUUCUUUUCAGUUGUUUUGUUCUACUUUAAGCCUUUUCUCUUUUCUCUUAAGCCUCAAGAGAGAUCUCACUAAUAGAAUAUUGACUCUAUAAAGACAUGUUUUGUUUGUUCGUCAUUGGACAUGCCAUCGGCGUGAGUUCGACUCAGCUGCUGAUUCUCUGAUUCAGUCCAUGUGUGGUUUCUGUGAAAGGGAUGGCUGUAGCCUAUGGCUGCCAGUCUCAGGACAACAGUGUGCGCCUUUCAUCUCUGCUGACUGAGGGUAGUUCAGACAGCCUUCAGGUGCCUGGUGUUAUGUACCAGAUCACACUUGGUUUGAAAUAGCCGCCUACUAUUUGUCGUCUUACUUGUGCUUGCCUGGUGCAAUAAAACCAAUAUAAUAAUACCAAAAAGGUGCAACUCCACCCACCUGGCACUCCAGGCAGGCUCAAUCAAACAGAGUAUUUAAAAGAAAACAAAUACUAGUUAUGUUUGUACAGAUGGCCUGUAAUCACUACUGAUUGGCCCUGUCAGUGAGACAUUACCCAAUCGGCACUGUCAAAUUAGUGUCAAUACUCUCCCAUUUCUCUCAGGGAGGAUGACGCUCUCUUACAUACAGUUGAAGUCGGAAGUUUACAUACACUUAGGUUGGAGUCAUUAAAACUAGUUUUUCAACCACUCCACAAAUUUCUUGUUAACAAACUAUAGUUUUGGCAAGUCGGUUAGGACAUCUACUUUGUGCAUUUUUCCAACAAUUGUUUACAGACAGAUUAUUUCACAUAUAAUUCACUGUAUCACAAUUCCAGUGGGUCAGAAGUUUACAUACUGUCACAAUCGUCAUAAUGAGCGGACCAAGGCGCAGCGUGAUAUGAGUACAUACUUUAAUAGUACUUAGCAACACGACACAAUACAACAAAAACAACAAAACGAUACGUGAAGUCCUCGGUCAAUAACACAAACCUACACGGAACAAGAUCCCACAAAACACAAGUGCACAACAGGCUGCCUAUGUAUGGUUCCCAAUCAGAGACAACAAGCAACAGCUGAUUCACGUUGCCUCUGAUUGAGAACCACCCUGGCCAACAUAGAAACACAUAACCUAGAACAGAACAUUACAUUUUUGACAUUUACAUUUUAGUCAUUUAGCAGACGCUCUUAUCCAGAGCGACUUACAGUUAGUGAGUCAUUCUUUAAAAAAUUUUUUUUAAAAUAUAUAUAUAUAUAUAUUAUUUUUUUUACUGGCCCUCCGUGGGAAUUGAACCCACCAACCCUGGCGUUGCAAACGCCAUGCUCAACCAACUGAGCUACAUCCCUGCCGGCCAUUCCCUCCCCUAUCCUGGACGACGCUGGGCCAAUUGUGUGCCGCCCCAUGGGUCUCCCGGUCACGGCCGGCUACGACAGAGCCUGGAUUCGAACCAGGAUCUCUAGUGGCACAGCUAGCACUGCAAUACAGUGCCUUAGACCACUGCGCCACUUGGGCGCAGUGGAAAACGAAACAUAGACACUACACAAAGAAACUAACACCCUGGCUCAACAUACAAGAGUCCCCAGAGCCAGGGCGUGACAGUACCCCCCCCAAAGGCGCGGACUGCGACCGCGCCAACAUAAACCCAACAGGGGAGGGGCCGGGUGGGCAUUCCACCUCGGAGGCGGAUCCGGCUCCGGGCGUGACCACCCCCCUCUAACAACCCCCCCGUAGCGCCCCUGGUCUGGUCCCGCUGGCUGGAGCUGGACUGGACAUCGGUGGAGCGGAUUGCUUAGGCUCCGGUGUGGAGCAGCUGACCGGUACCUGACCAGGCAUGGGCUGUGCCGGACUGACGACGCGCACCACAGGCUUGGUGCGGGGAGCAGGAAUGGGCCGGACCGGGCUGACGACGCGCACCACUGGCUUGGUGCGGGGAGCAGGAACGGGCCGGACCGGGCUGACGAAGCGCACCACUGGCUUGGUGCGGGGAGCAGGAACAUGGCCGGACCGGGCUGACGAAGCGCACCACUGGCUUGGUGCGGGGAGCAGGAACAGGCCGGACGCGGGGCUGACGAAGCGCACCACUGGCUUGGUGCGGGGAGCAGGAAACAGGCCGGGCCGGGCUGGCGACGCGCACCAUUGGCUUGGGGCGAGGGGCAGGAACAGGCCGGGCCGGGCUGGCGACGCGCACCAUUGGCUUGGUGCGAGGGGCAGGAACAGGCCGGGCCGGGCUGACGACGCGCACCAUUGGCUUGGUGCGAGGGGCAGGAACAGGCCGGGCUGGCGACGCGCACCAUUGGCUUGGUGCGGGGAGCAGGAACAUGGCCGGCCGGGCUGGCGACGCGCACCAUUGGCUUGGUGCGAGGGGCAGGAACAGGCCGGGCCGGGCUGGCGACGCGCACCAUUGGCUUGGUGCGAGGGGCAGGAACAGGCCGGGCCGGGCUGACGACGCGCACCAUUGGCUUGGUGCGAGGGGCAGGAACAGGCCGGGCUGGCGACGCGCACCAUUGGCUUGGUGCGAGGGGCAGGAACAGGCCGGGCCGGGCUGGCGACGCGCACCAUAGGCUUGGUGCGAGGGGCAGGAACAGGCCGGGCCGGGCUAGCGACGCGCACCACAGGCUUGAUGCGAGGGACAGGAACAGGCCGGGCCGGGCUGGCGACGCGCAUCACAGGCUUGGUGCGAGGGACAGGAACAGGCCGGACCGUACUGGGAACACACAACACUGGCCUUGUGUGGGGAUCAGGAACGGGCCGGACCGGACUGGUAACACACCUCAGUACCUCUCACCGUGCCUCUACACUCUCCCUCCCUCUAACGACCAAUGGCCCCCGUAACCUGGUGGCCUUCUCUCCUCGUCCACAAACUCGCCCUGUAUCUGCCUCCAGCAGCCCCGUCGUCCAUGUCGUGUGCCCCCCCAAAAAAAUUUCUUGGGGGUGCCUCUCGUCUGUCCGACGACGGCCCGGUUGGCGCCGCUUCUCCUCUCCUGCCUGGGUCUCCCCCUUCAUCGCCCUCCGGUAACGGACGGCCUCCUCCUCCGUGAUCUGCCCCCAACCGAGGAGGACAUCCACUAACGUUACCUCCGGCGUUUGCUCCUGGACACGCUGCUUGGUCCUGUAUUGUUGGGAUCUUCUGUCACGAUCGUCGAAAGGAGUGGACCAAGGCGCAGCGUGAUAUAAGUACAUACUUUAAUAGUACUUAGCAACACGACACAAUACAACAAAAACAACAAAACGAUACGUGAAGUCCUCGGUCAAUAACACAAACCUACACGGAACAAGAUCCCACAAAACACAAGUGCACAACAGGCUGCCUAAGUAUGGUACCCAAUCAGAGACAACAAGCAACAGCUGAUUCACGUUGCCUCUGAUUGAGAACCACCCCGGCCAACAUAGAAACACAUAACCUAGAACAGAACAUAGAAAACGAAACAUAGACACUACACAAAGAAACUAACACCCUGGCUCAACAUACAAGAGUCCCCAGAGCCAGGGCGUGACACAUACACUAAGUUGAGUGUGCCUUUAAACAGCUUGGAAAAUUCCAGAAAAUGAUGUAAUGGCUUUAGAAGCUUCUGAUAGGAUAUAUAUAUAUAUUUUUUUUAAAUCAUUUGAGUCAAUUGGAGGUGUACCUGUGGAUGUAUUUCAAGGCCUACCUUCAAACUCAAUGCCUCUUUGCUUGACAUCAUGGGAAAAUCUAAAGAAAUCAGCCAAGACCUCAGAAAGAAAAUUGUAGAACUCCACAAGUCUGGUUCAUCCUUGGGAGCAAUUUCCAAAUGCCUGAAUGUACCAUGUUCAUCUGUACAAACAAUAGUACGCAAGUAUAAACACCAUAGGACCACGCAGCAGUCAUACCGCUCAGGAAGGAGAUGCGUUCUGUCUCCUAGAGAUUAAGGUACUUUGGUGCGAAAAGUGCAAAUCAAUCCCAGAACAACAGCAAAGGACCUUGUGAAGAUGCUGGAGGAAACAGGUACAAAAGUAUCUAUACCCACAGUAAAACGAGUCCUAUAUCGACAUAUCCUGAAAGGCCGCUCAGCAAAGAAGAAGCCAUUGCUCCAAAACCGCCAUAAAAAAGCCAGACUACGGUUUGCAACUGCACCUGGGGACAAAGAUCGUACUUUUUGGAGAAAUGUCCUCUGGUCUGAUGAAACAAAAAUAGAACUGUUUGACCAUAAUAACCAUCGUUAUGUUUGGAGGAAAAAGGGGGUUGCUUGCAAGCUGAAGAAUCACACUUGAAGAAUCACAAGCUGAAGAACACCAAUACUAAAUGAGUGUAUGUAAACUUCUAACCCACUGGGAAUGUGAUGAAAGAAAUAAAAGCUGAAAUAAAACAUUCUCUCUACUAUUAUUCUGACAUUUCACAUUCUUGAAAUAAAGUGGUGAUCCUAACUGACCUAAAACAGGGAAUUUUUACUAGGAUUAAAUGUCAGGAAUUGUGAAAAACUGAGUUUAAAUGUAUUUGGCUAAGGUGUAUGUAAACUUCCGACUUCAACUGUAGUUGGACAGACAUGCACUCUCAGACACACACACACACACACACACACACACACACACACACACACACACACACACACACACACACACACACACACACACACACACACACACACACACACACACACAGGCCCACAUGCCUGUCCUCAGUGUGCAGUGUGAGUUAUUCUGGCUGGAGAUAUGUGUGCAGGAGUACAGUUCAGAUCGGCUGAGACAGACAGACGGAUGUUAUGAACCAUGGUGUGUGUGUGUGUCCUGGUGCCCCUGAUAGCAGACAGACAAGCUUAGUCCGAAAUGGCACCAUAUUCCGUAUUUAGUGCACUACUUUUGACAAGGGUCGAUAAAGGUCUUGUCAAAAAUAGUGCACAAUGUAGGAAGUUAUGUACCAUUUAGGAUGUAGACACAGUCAGACAGUGUUGAGGGAAUUAGUCGUGGAGGGGAUUGAAAUAGUCUACUGUAAGAGUUCUGUAUUACAUUUAUUUAAAACUCUCUUCUUUCUCUCCCUAUUUCUUCCUCUCUCUUCUCUCUCUCUUCUUCCCUCUCCCUCCCUUUCUCCCCCCCUCUCCAGAUAGUGUCCAACGUCCUGAUCUUCUCCUGUUCUAACAUUGUGGGGGUGUGUACCCACUACCCAGCCGAGGGCUCCCAGAGACAAGCCUUCCAGGAGACCAGGGAGUGCAUCCAGGCUCGCCUCCACUCACAGAGGGAGAACCAGCAGCAGGUAAGGCCCAUCAUGGGACUGUGGAGGACUCACAGGCAGUAAAUUACUUGACAUAGUCAGGGCUAGUUAAUGCUGGUGUUAAAAGGGCUUUAUAAAUACAUCUAAUUUAUGUAUUGAUACUUAAUUAUUAUUAUUAUUGGAAUUAUAGUAAUUAGUUGAUAUUAUGGUAAGUGAUAAAGAUCUCUUGGUAUAGUUGCAGCAGAUACUUUGAUAUAGUGUUUUCUGACAUACUACACUCACACACAUGACACUUACACUGUCACAUGACUCUGAAGGACCUAAUAGGAGACAGGAGGUCAUAGAGAGCAGGUGGUUCAGAUCACCUGUAAUGACGUCUGGUUCUUGGAAGUCUAGGGUUAAAGCGGCAAUCCAUAGCGGUGAACCUGCCACGUCCGUUCGCGAUAUUACAACAACAAAGACGUUACUUCAAACAAUGAACACUUUUUUCCCCCUCUGACAUCAUUGCACAUCAUUGCACGUGUGAUAGAACAGCAGAGGAUGUACUACCAUUUUUUUUUUACCACGAUGCUGGAUGCUCAUUUCCUCAAAACAAAAACAAUAACAAAUGCGCCUGGGGCGGCCAGUAGCGGCCAGUGGCGCUGUUUCACCUAUCGCGGAUCUCAGGUUUAAACUUAUUUUCCCAAUGGGGAAAUUAUGAAAUAUCAAUAGGCUACAUGGAGGGGACAAAGAUUUCCUAGUAACCAAGAUCUGCGCUUACUUAAGUGACCUUUGGCUUCUGCUCCCUAUAGACCCACAAUGUCACAGCCUUAGAAAGUAGCAGCCGUCACCAAGUAGACAAUCACCCCAGGUGUUGACAAUUAGGACAGGUAGUGAUGUAAGAGAGUAAGACGAACGCUGAGUCUGAAAUGAAACCUUAUUCCCUAUAGUCAACAUAAUGCACUUUAUAAACUGGGUGGUUCGAGCCCUGAAUGCUGAUUGGCUGAAAGCCGUGGUAUACCACGGGUAUGACAAAACAUUUAUUUUUACUGCUCUAAUUACGUUGGUAACCAGUUUAUAAUAGCAAUAAGGCACCUCGGGGGUUUGUGAUUUAUGACCAAUAUACCACGGCUAAGGGCUGUAUCCAGGCACUCCUCAUUACAUUUACAUUUACAUUUACGUCAUUUAGCAGACGCUCUUAUCCAGAGCGACUUACAAAUAGGUGCAUUCACCUUAUAGCCAGUGGGAUAACCACUUUACAAUUUUAUUUUUUUUGGGGGGUAGAAGGAUUACUUUAUCCUAUCCCAGGUAUUCCUUAAAGAGGUGGGGUUUCAAAUGUCUCCGGAAGGUGGUGAGUGACUCCGCUGUCCUGGCGUCGUGAGGGAGCUUGUUCCACCAUUGGGGUGCCAGAGCAGCGAACAGUUUUGACUGGGCUGAGCGGGAACUAUGCUUCCGCAGAGGUAGGGGAGCCAGCAGGCCAGAGGUGGAUGAACGCAGUGCCCUCGUUUGGGUGUAGGGACUGAUCAGAGCCUGAAGGUACGGAGGUGCCGUUCCCCUCACAGCUCCGUAGGCAAGCACCAUGGUCUUGUAGCAGAUGCGAGCUUCAACUGGAAGCCAGUGGAGUGUGCGGAGGAGCGGGGUGACGUGAGAGAACUUGGGAAGGUUGAACACCAGACGGGCUGCGGCAUUCUGGAUGAGUUGUAGGGGUUUAAUGGCACAGGCAGGGAGCCCAGCCAACAGCGAGUUGCAGUAAUCCAGACGGGAGAUGACAAGUGCCUGGAUUAGGACCUGUGCCGCUUCCUGUGUAAGGCAGGGUCGUACUCUCCGAAUGUUGUAGAGCAUGAACCUACAGGAUCGGGUCACCGCCUUGAUGUUAGCGGAGAACGACAGGGUGUUGUCCAGGGUCACGCCAAGGCUCUUCGCACUCUGGGAGGAGGACACAACGGAGUUGUCAACCGUGAUGGCAGUCCUUCCCCGGGAGGAAGAGCAGCUCCGUCUUGCCAAGGUUCAGCUUGAGGUGGUGAUCCGUCAUCCAUACUGAUAUGUCUGCCAGACAUGCAGAGAUGCGAUUCGCCACCUGGUUAUCAGAAGGGGGAAAGGAGAAGAUUAGUUGUGUAUCGUCAGCGUAGCAAUGAUAGGAGAGGCCAUGUGAGGAUAUGACAGAGCCAAGUGACUUGGUGUAUAGCGAGAAUAGGAGAGGGCCUAGAACUGAGCCCUGGGGGACACCAGUGGUGAGAGCACGUGGUGCGGAGACAGCUUCUCGCCACGCCACUUGGUAGGAGCGACCGGUCAGGUAGGACGCAAUCCAAGAGUGAGCCGCGCAUAAGAACAGCCCUUAGCCGUGGUAUAUUGGCCAUAUACCACACCCCCUCAGGCCUUAUUGCUUAAAUAUAGCAGUGUUUCCCAACUCCGUUUCUCGAGUACCCCAACAGCACACAUUUUAGUUAUAGCCCCGGACAAAAACACCUGAUUCAACUUGUCAAGCGCUUGAUGAUUAUUUGACAAGUAGAAUCAGGUGUGCUUGUCUGGGGCCACAACAAAAAUAUGUACUGUUGGGAGUAGUGGACGACUGGAGUUGGGAAACACUGUAUAUAAACACUAUAUAGGGAAUAGGGUGCACUUCGUAUAUAGAGGUUGUCAUUUUGGAUGCAAACCAAAGCUACAGGUUGAAUUGAACCCAGGAUCAGUCUGUGUUCAUAGUAUAGGCCAGGACAUCCUAGCACAGUAGGUUUUCCAAAUGCCUUGUUCAUAAUCAGAUUCAUGCCUAACAUGAGUAGCUACUAGCAGGCGGCAUAUGCUUUGUUAGUCACCCAGCAUAAGGGCUGUCUUCACAGUAACUAGAUGAAUGGCGACAGUAAUAAUGACUGCAGCUCUGCAAGCCACAAAGCAGAAAGAAAGAGAGAGAGAGAGAGCAAGAGAUCAAAUCAAAUCCAAUUUUAUUUGUCACAUGCACCGAAUACAACAGGUGUAGACCUUAACGUGAAAUGCUUACAAUGCAAUUUUAAGAAAAUAGAGUUAAGAGAGAGAGAGAUAGAGAGAUAGAGAGAGAGAGAUAAACAGAGUGAAAAAGAGAGAGUGAGAGUGAGAGAGAGAGAGAGAGAGAGAGAGAGAGAGAGAGAGAGAGAGAGAGAGAGAGAGAGAGAGAAACAGAGUGAAAGACUCGUAGCUAACAGCUAAUUCGCUAAGAUUUACAAGAAGUUAAAGGAGUGGGUUUGUGUGUUGUUGGCCUAUCCUAGCCCCUCGGUAACACCCGUCCACCUACACCUGCUGCUGUGGUGUAAACAGAAUAGGAGCUUCGUCCCAAAUGACACCCAAUAUAGUGAACUGGACCAGAGCCCUGGUAAAAAUGUGUGCACUAUAUUCCAUUUGGGACGCAGCCAAGGAGAUGGCAUCAAGGGCUGACCCACACUCGUCAACCAGUGAUGACAUCUCUCAGCAGGCAGGGAUACUGUGCUGUGGGCGUCAUCGCAAUAGAGGGAUGGAGGCAGGGGGCAAGCAGCCGUCUGUUCUAGUGCUCAACUACCCAGGUCUUCCCCUGUUGGAUCUGUCAUAAUCAAGACCUCUCCAUUUCUCUGUCUCACUGUCUGUCUCGUGUAAUGACUCCUAUAAACGAAAUCUCUGGUUUGUCCUUUUCUCUCUCUCCUCAUAUGCGGAGCGAGAGCUAGCAGAGGAGCUGACGAGAGACGUAGAGCAGAGCGAGAGAGGAUGAGAGAGCGGAGAAUCGGAGAGGAGAUUAGAGCGAGCGAGAGAGAGAGAGCGUCUAUCUGCUCAUCGCAGAUCUUCUCCUGCUCUCUCUACUCUCUCUCGCUCCUCUCUCUCUCCUCCCUCCCUCCCUCCCUCCCUCCCCCCCCCGGCUGUCUUGCCUCACUCUGUCUCUCCCCGUCCUCUCUCUCUUCAUCCUUCUCUCUCUACUCUCUACCUCCCUCCCCCUCUCUCUCUAUCUCCACCCCUCUCUCUCUCGCCCUCUCUCUCAUUCCUCUCUAUCUCUGCAGGAGCGUCUCCUGCUCUCCGUGCUUCCCCGUCACGUUGCCAUGGAGAUGAAAGCUGAUAUUAAUGCUAAGCAGGAAGACAUGAUGUUUCACAAGAUCUACAUCCAGAAGCACGACAACGUCAGGUACCAGUCACCAAUGACAUCACCAGGGAGAGGGGGGACACAUGCAAUCAAUGCCAUGCUCCAAAGCUAUGUCCGGGUCAUUCCCUUCAUUAACUAA